AUGCAACCUAAGGAGGGCCAAAUCACAUGCCUCUGCCAUGGUGAAGGCCGGAUUUUCCAGGUAACAUGCAAUGUCAUUAGUUCUUUUGUCACAAACCCAUACUCCUAUAUUUUGUAUAUUGUGAGGUUUUUGUGUAGUCAGUGAAGAAAUUUGACAAUAUAACAAUUUGACUCGGAGCAUAUGGAUUAUUUGUGGAUUGUAUAAAACUUCCAUUUCAAGUUGGCAGAUAUAUUUCAGAAUAAAGUUUUGUUCUCUACAUUCUUUGUGUGUAAGGACAGUUUCUGGAAGCACUUCUGCAAAAGCAUCAGGUACUCCAUUCUCUCAACAGAUAUCAAGAGACGUAUAAUUAAGACUAUUUAAGCCUAGAAGUGAUUGAAGGUUAUGCUUUCUUCUGCGAGGUGAUGAGUGGACAUUAGCCUAUGUGAGUUGCACUAAGUGCCGUUUGCUAUUUGUGUUCAUGGUUGAGAAGAACACAGAUGGAGGUUCAAGGAGCAAAGCCUCUGCUAGAGGAUUGAACACAGUUGCAUGGAGUGUGUGUGCUCUCUAUAACACUGAUCGGUGCAGCUCUGAUCAAGGUUUACAUUGAUUGAUAAUGUCACUUACUACUAUUGCUACUGCCUGUACAGGGUGCAGAAAAGGGCUAUGGCUAUGUGGCUAUGGUGUGAUGAGCUAUUUAGAAUGACGAGGAAUGGACUUUGGGCUAGUGGUGAACAGCCUAAAGUGUUACAUUCAAGGAGAUAAAUAAAUAAAUAAAUAAAUAAAUACAGUACACCUCUUUUUCAUAGAGACAGACCUACAAUAUACAAAUAUGUCGUUUCAUUCACGCACACUGAAACUCCACACACACCUACACCCCUGCAUUCAAAAAGUGACAUUUUUUAAAUUAAUAUAAAUAUAUUGUAUUUUAGCCCAAUGAUGGUCGCUGCCCAUGUGCUCCUGGAUAUCGACUGGCUGGUGACACAAAUAACUGUGUACAAAUUGUAUACGACAUAUGUAGAGACGGAAAUGUUCGCAACCAAGAGGGACAAUGCCUGAGUGAAGACGAAUGGGCUGACUACUGCUCAAAUCAGGUACAAUAUCAGUAUUAGUAUUGUUUUAUGCACAUGUAGGGUAGUUUUAUAACAGUUUUAUAAGGUACAGUGUGGUUUUGUAUAUCCUUACUUGUAUGAGCCCUUCACAGUUCGAAAAGGGAAACUUUAAGAAAUAUGUCUCACAGGGUCAUUCAAUAAGCUCUGAUUAUUAGACUUGGAGUUUCCUUUCGGUCCCAAAUGCAAUUCAUCUGAAUUUGGAUUGAUCGGGUGACCGUGUAAAUUGUCAUACUCCAAGCUGAAAUUCAGCCAAGUGACAAACCAACCACACAUGCAAUGGCCGAGUACGUUCACCUUGAUCCGUGAUUCGGAAUUCUGUAAAAAAAAAAAAGUGAUAAUUGAUGGGAAAAAAAAGAUUAUUGAUGGCUAGGGGAUAAAAACUUGAUGUUACUUUUUUUCACAGAUCAAGUGAAAAAUAACCAAAAUAUGGAAAAAUAGAGGGUCAGUAAAAAAUAUCUAUCUUUCUAAUAUAUAUAUAGUUAAUAAGUAUAUGAUACGUGAAUAUGGAUAGUUUACUAGUCCUCCUGGUUUUCCUUCUAUUGGUUCAUUUUUCUCAAUUAAAAUUUUCUUGAUCUGAAAACCAAAUGGCAGGAAAAUGCUCCUAUGAGUGUACUUAAAUAUGUGUACAUAUUAUAUGUAUUUAUUUUGCAGUACACUGAUUGGCCCAUUUUUCUGACUAAUUCAAUGACCAAGUCAGUUUUCUGUUACUAAAUCUUUUCCAGAAAUUGGCCCAAAAAAUAUAUUUUUGGAAAAAAUAUUUUGGCAAGACUGAAUUUUCUCGCCGUACACAAGUCUACUUAUUAGUAGCAAACUGAAAAUAAAUUGAAUGGUAAAAUUACUGCUAAAAUAGCCAAGCUAUGUGUUGGAGAAACUUCCCAAAUCUUAAAAGUUUGGGCAAUUGCUGUUUUGGAUUUCAGUUCACAAUAUUACAAAGUUACGUAAACAACCACGUACGUUUUUCUUAGAAUCCUCCGACAAUUGCAGUUACCUGUAUUUUAGAUAAACCUUACUUUUGUUGUUCUGUGUAGUGUAUGUUAUAAAGAUUCAUUAGCGCAGGGCAGUGCUUCCGCUACAACCUUGACAGGGAGCAUAGAAAGAACUAUCGUUUGUUCUUUAUAUUUUUUUAUUAGUAGGUAAAAAUUUAAUUUAGAAGUGAGAAUUCAAAUUGAAUUUCAAAUUUUAGCUCAAAGUAGCUAAAAUGCAAUCAAAGCUGACUUAGCAAAUAUUUCUAGUUCAACUAAUUUGGCCUUAAAUUUAAAAGUCACUUAGAUAGAAUUAACUUUGAAUUCUCCCUUUAGUGACUACCCCUGCUAAAAAUAUAAUUCAUUUAGUGUCUCAUUUCUAAGAGCUAAUGAUGGGAAAUGCAAUGUAGGGAAGAUUACUCUAUACCAGUCACUACAUUGUAACCACAUGCACAUGCCCUGCAGGGUUUAAAAGAGUCCAGGUGCCAGUACUGAUAUCCACAGAACACCAGUUGAAUAGCUGUAUACUAUACUCUGUGCCAGGCUUUGAAGAAUCUUGUGUAUAAUUGUGGGCCUUCCAUUCCAAAGUAAGCAUGUGAACAUGGGGUAAUGAAAUGUAUGGGCUUGGACUCGUUUUGGAAGUGUAAAUGGACACCAUUAUUAAUGCAAAACCUAAGUAAAUCUUCUGAAUCAGAUUCUAUAUGUUUUCUCAAUUAUUAAUGAAUAAUUACAUAUUGCAUUUGGAUAUAAAGGAAUUGGUAGAUAUUAUUUAUUUACACACUAUAAAUUUGUCCCAUUGUAGAUCUGUGUGCAACCAGAAUAUUUCCAAGGUUAUGAUAAGGUUCUAGGACUCUGCAUUUGUCAGACAGAACAUCUUGAUAACCUUUGCGAUGCCGAAUGCCAAAGGAGGCAAAAACACAUACUGCAAAUAUUGUGUGUGGAUGAAACUCCUAAGAUCCGUGCCAUUGACUCAUCGGGGGAACAGGUAUACCCACUUGCACUAACACGAAUUAAUAUAUUUGCUUGAGUCAAAUUGAAUUACAGGACCCGAAGGACCUUUUAACACGGUAAAGAACAUUAAAUAAUAGUGAGAUUGAGAUACAAGAACUAAAAUCUCCCAACCAAAAAAAAAGAGAGAGAAGGUGACAGAUUCCACAUCCAUACCAUUAUCAGCAUUCAGCUAAGUCUCAUUGUGCAUGUUGUGAUGGUACAUUAGCAGUAUCCUUCUGAAAAGUGUUAAAUCAAAGAAACCUUGCUAAUUUUUUAACUCAACUGGCAUUUGAGGGUUUAGAGUUUCUCAUUUGAUGGAAUUGUGUUGAUAAAAAAGUAUUCCAAAAUCUCUCAAACUGAACUAAACAGUUAUAUGGUUGCAUAGGCUGAAAUAGGAGUUUUUCCUAUUUCCGCUGUUGACCCAAAAGAAUGAAAAGAACAGUUUUGAAGACCUUUUCAAGUUUGAAACAAACUAGGAAAAAAAUCCCCAGAAUGGCAGUCAUCCAUAUGUUAUCCCAAAUAUUAAAUAUAAUACCCCUGUAUAUUAUGUUUUUGCAAGAAUUCAUCUAGUUACCAUUUAAACAUAUGUACAGAUUUUGAUAAAAUUACCGCUUCAGGUAGAGAAUUCCACAUCUUUAUUGUUUAUACUGUAAAGAGCCCUUUCCUUUGCCUUAGACUAAAUCUCUUUUCUUCCAGUCUCAAUGUGUGACCUCGUGGCUAGUCCUAUUUAUGAAUAGAUUUUCAGACAAUGGUUUGUAUUGUCCCCAAAUAAAUUUGUACAAUGCUAUCAUAUUCCCUCGUAGAUAGUUUUUCUAUACUAAACAGAUUUAAAUGUGUUACCUUUCUUCAUAACUAAAAUUUUCCUUAUUUAAUUUGUAGCCCGCCUCUGCACUCUUUCAUAAUAUCCUUCUAUAGAACAUGUACCUAAAAUUGCGCAGCUUAUUCAUGGAGUUGUCUUGCCAUUGAUUCAUCAAGUGGAAAAAUUAUAUUUUCCUCCUGAGAUGAAAUAUGCAUGACAAUACCUUAGUCACCCUAGCAACUGAUAAUUGAAUGCUAUUAAAAAUAUACAUAUAUUUUUAUUGGUGAUUUUACAGGCACUUUUCCCAAUGCAGGAUGUAUUUGGACCUCUCGUAGUUGACCACCCUGUGGAUAAGAUGAUAUGCUCGUCCUCACAGAGAACUAGUGUCCAUUCUGUCUUUGUAGUUGCAUCCACGGGUAAGGCUCAAUCUUCCAGAAAUCAGAUUGUGAAUUAAAGUGCUCUUUUUAUUAACAGGGUUAUUGAGAAUUCAAGGUUAAUUCCAAAUUAAUUUCCAAUUUAAGUCGCAAGUAGAUGAAUUGAGAACAAAGCUGACUCUGAAAAAGUUUCCAGUUUGGCUAAUUUGACCUUAAAUUUGAAAUACACUUUAAAUACACCUAGAAUUCUAACUUUUAAAAUGAUAACUUCUGAAUGUUAUCUAAAAUUAAUUUAUAUGCUCAAUGUUGAGUUUAUGUUGUCAAUAGUCUCAGAGCUCAUUCUCUUGUUGGGACAGGUUUUACCAAUUUGGACAAAAGUGAAUGGCCAUGAGUGCCAGGAGCAGGUUGGCUAAAAGUGAUAAUCAUAAUGUGGAAGUAUAAAUAAUCAAUGCAGCCAACCAGCCUCUGGUUGUUGGGAAGGGCUCUAGCUUUGGUCACAUCCAUGGCCACUAUUAGGGGGAAAGCAGACGGUACUGGGCCUCACAUUCCUAAUAUAUAACGAGUAUCUGGCUAUAUGUUGGCAUGUAUAGUGAAGAAGUGGCCCAGGAGACUCCAAGUUCCACGUCCAGCAGGUCAUUUUGCAAGUCCCGUCUAAUUGGGCAUUGCUGCGGGCUACUGCAGCAAUGCUCCUACGCAUCACACAUGCCUGGACAUGUAAGUAGCAGGGAAGAGGUAAUAAAAUAAAAUUUAAAAAAUGUCAGGGGAGGAGGUUGCAUUCCUACAAGUAGUUCUGAGUAAGUUAUAAAUAACUGGGAAUUCUGUUUUGAUGUUAGAACGUGAUGAUAAUGUAUAUUCCCAGCAAGUUUAAAAGAUUUUUUUUUAUUUGUUAUCUUUCUUAAAAGACCAGAAAUUUUCUAAGAACUCUCUUGUUUACUUGGUGUUGUUAAUCACCCAUGCCUUUAGAUAGAUUUUAUUAUUUUUUUUUUGUAUUGCAGGGCAAGGCUUUUUGGGAGUAUAUAAUGCAAACCCACAAUUAAUUAAACAAAUGAGCGAAGGUCAUUUCAAUAUCACAUUAUCUAAACUCACAGGUAAGGUGGUUCCAUUGAAUAUUUUUUUUAUUUCAAAACAGCAUGGUUGUCUAUGACUGUUAAGUAUUGCUCUUAAUGAACUUUGUAUGUAUUGAAUUACACUGUAACAUUUUGUUUUAUUGUCUAAUAUUCUACAGGGGAAGAUAGAAUGCCCACGUUUUAUCCCGUUUCUGGUAUCCUGAACCCAACCACAUGUAUACAUGUUAAUGAAGUCAUCAUGUUUAUUGCUUCCAAACAUGACUACCCCAUGUAUGAUGUGUAAGUAUAUACUAUGAAUAAAGUAUGAGAACAUUUGGAUUAUAGCUGAUUGAAAACACAUUUUAAAGGUAGUGGAAGUGCUCAAGUUUUAAUAAACCACUGAAAUUUUGAAGUUUGCUUCAAAUGGAAACUCAAGUGUUAAUGGGGCAACCACUGUGGAAGACCAACAAGACAAAGUAAUGUAAACCAUGUAUCACUGUUAGAUUCACCAUGGGGCAAGCCAGACAGUCACUCUGCUCUUAAAGCUGAAGAGUUUGUUUGUACACAGACAAUUGAAUGUUGCUUUCGUUUGUAUUGGCUUGAUUAUUCUUUAUAAAGUUUUCUUGAUUUUUUUUAAUGUCUAUUCCAACAGGGAAAAGCUGAGAUGGGAUUCCUCUGAAUCAGACAGAUGGCCUAUGAGUGCUAGAUUCACUUCCUGCUCUGCCACUUUGUUUCGAUACUUGAUUAGCAGGAUGCACUUGCUAGAAUAAUAAUCACAGAAACUAUAGCUCUAGUUGUAGUUGCUGUGCCAGAGAGCACGAGAGGCUCAUGUAGGAGGGCUCUCUUGCUCUCCCCUGUGGCUCAGUUGAUGGUAUAGCCAAUGCAGAGAACUGAUUCACAGGAAGAGCAGGGACUAUAUUUCUAAACAGAUUAUUUUAAAUUUGUAUAGUUUAUAGCAUCUCUGCAACCUCAAUAAACAGAUGAAGCCCAAACUUAAAUCUUUUUACCUGCCUUUUGCAUCCAUCUUGCACACAAUACAAUCUGUCUUGCAUAUAUUUAUGUACACUAAUUAAUAUUAGCAUGGUUAUUUAUCUAUUUAUCUUCCUAUGCUUUAUCCAAUUAUAGUUUCAUGUUAGUUUUUGUGACAAUACACAAAGUACAUUAAUUUCCCGGUUCUUUCAAUACCCCCAGGAACAAUUUAUACAAUUCUAAUCCUGGAUUCGACUGGGGAAAAUUCCGAAAUCUAGCAGAGGAAAUAUGGCUUUCCUCAAGACCUUAUUUUGUGUUCUUGUACCAGUUCCAAGAGCCAGGAGUUUAUGUCUUUAAGCUAAGUAGUGACCAUUACAAAAAAAUGGUAAGUACAUUGUAGAUGAUCCCGCUGCUAACCUAGGUGUUUUGCUCUCCAAGUGAGUUGCCAAAUUCAAUAUUUGUUCAGGAAAGAAUGAGAGAACAUAAUUCAACAAAGUAAACUUGAACAUUUUGUUGAGGUUCUCCAAUGGUCGGCAAUCUGCAGUAUGUUCAACAGUCUGAAAUUUGGCCAAAAUUCCAUUGGGAAACCAAAAUUCAGCUGAAUUGGACACCUUGCCACCACAAAUGUUAAUUGUGUGGUGCAACAUUAAAAAAUGUUUUUUUAAUAAUCAAACAAGUCUGUGGGGGUCAUUAUGACCCCCAACUAGUACAAGGGGGGUUUUAAACAGCCAGUGGCUGAUCACAGUAAUAACACACUAGUAACAUACAGGGAUGACCUGGUACCAGUCCUCCUUGUUCUUCCACCUAUGGACAUUGUUUUUUUUUUUAUAUUAAUAGAGUUCCUCUCCAGCAUCCACCCAUGGGCAAUGGAUAGAGGUUCUAAUAUUAUUUCUGGGAGGGGGCUAAUGUCUGCCACUGUAAAAUCCCCCAAAACAACUAUGUCUAUAAUCCCUCAGUUGACUAGGGUACCCAAGACCCAAGGCCAGGAAUAGGCAACCUUCAGUACCCCAGAUGUUGUGGACUACAUCUGCCUUGAUGCUUUGCCAGCAUUAUGGCUACAAAAGCAGUAUGGGAGAUGGAGUCCAAAACAUCUGGAGUGCUUAAGGUUGCCUACCCCUGUCCUAGGCACUCCACACCCUAAUAAAAAUAAUCUACCUACUACCGCUCACAGUAGUAAUUGCUAGGGGUGGAAAUAAAACUAAAUCGCUGGAAAAAAAUACACAAAAAAAACCCCACAGCAUUAAAAAUAGAUCCUUUCUUUUAUCUGCUUUUUUUUCAUGUGAUCUGUUAACAGGAAAGGAUAGUAGAUCUGGCAAUAUUAUCUUCACAUCCACUUACACCUGCUGGGUGACUGAUCUGCUCACUAAUAAUGUUACAUAUGGAUUACGGCAACUAUGGCUUGACUGAUCGCUCUGUCUUCCACCUGUCCAUUUAUUUACACUUCUAAAAUAAGUAUUUUUUCUUACCUGCUCUUCAUCUUACUUUUCAGGCUUAUCAUAUGGCUUUAUUUUCACCUCCAGAAUAAAAUUUAAAGUUGGGUACCAAAUUUAUCAAUUCCUUAAUAACAAUGCAACUGCUUUCUCAAUGUUUUUACUAAGAAUAAGAAUAAGAAAAAUUAAAAAAAACAAUACGCUAGAUUGUAAGCAGUCAGCAGUUACUGUCACUUUUAUGUUCGUUAUUAAUUAAAAGUAAGGCUGGUGAGUUGAAUACUGAUGUGAAAAUUAAAGGGACUCUCCAGGAAUCAAUACAAAUUCAACAUUUGAUUUUGGCCUCGUUAAUAUUCUGUCUUGAGUAUCCUUUUAAGGCAAUAUAUCUAAAUGUGAAAAUUCACCUGAUAUUUGCUCCAACUCCAGUAUUUUGGUUUAGAUUACACAGGUCAGUAGUCAACUUACCAUUUGAUGAAUAAACUACUUACUUAAUAUAAUGAAGGGUUGUGUACGAUUGUUGAUCCAAGGAGCCAACUGACUGCUAUUUUGGGGUCAAGAAGCAACUUUUUCCUAGUUUGUUGCACGAUUGGAAGCACUUCAGACUAGGUUUUUUGCCUUCUUUUGGAUCAACAGCAAAAUCAUAUGUGAGGAAGGCUGAACUUGAUGGACACAAGUCUCUUUUCAACUAUGUAACUAUAUUGUAGAUAAACUACAACAGUAUACAGCAUAACCAUUUUCAGGCCAGUUUAUAUUCAAUCCCAGAAUGCUACAGAGUAUCUUUGCCCACCUAAGGAGUGAACUGCAGUUUAAAUCCAAAGUAACCAUAACAUUGCACUAAUUGUUCACUGAUAUCUCCUUAAAAUUCUGAAAAACUAUUUAUAUAUAAGUAUAUAUGCAUGCCCUGGCUUUAUAUUCUAAACACAUGAUAAAAUAAAGUUAAACACUUGCGUGUUUAUAAAUAGUUUCGUUUUUCCAUCACGAUUGUAAUCUGCUCUUGUUUUGUCCCUUCAUGUUGUAACAGAUAUUACAUUCAUCAUAUAACACAAUCUUUAUUUUACAUCUCAACCCACAUAUUUUUCAGUGUUCAUAAUGAAAACAUUUCUUUUCUAGUAUAUACGGGUCAUGGUAAAAGGAGGGCAAUGUUAUGAAGAUGGUCCGUUUUUUCCUACGGCUCCUAGAUAUGUCAUCCGUAACGGAAUUGCAAAGACUCCUCGGCUUCUAUUAAAGCCGGAUUGGCCAGCCAUUACUGGGAUUGUAACAAGUCUUCUGUUAAUUUUAAUAACCUGUAUCUUACUUCUUGUAAGUUAAAUUUCUGUUCUUUUAGUAACAGUAAUUGUAAAUUUAUAAAACUGAUUUUUAUCAGCCAUGAUUUCAUAUAAGGCACUGUCUUGACUGUCUCUGUUUAUAUUUGCUGGGGGUUAGUACAGCACAGAAUAGCGUUUACUGAUGGAAGUUCUGAUUUGGAACACUGCGCUAACUACUGACAGCUGUCCAGGGUUCAACCACUGCCAGAGGCCAUAGAUAGCUCUUUUACCUGCUGCUUGGGUGAAAUGACUUUUCAAUACAUAAAACUUGGGGAGCGUUAAUAACAAAUAUUGUGAGUUCUUUGACAGCAAUCCCACAAAACUAAACAGAAUUUAUAAAUUAUUAUACACUACAUGCAAGAUGUGUCAUGAUAAAAUGUGGUAUUGUGGAUGAUUCUGAAGAUGUAGCACUUUAAUAAUACAAUAAUACUAUGAAUAUCUUGUGUUUUCCAGGUUUGGUUUAAAGACUUGGGUUGGACUCAGAAGACUGCAGGUUUUCCAAAGUUCAGAAAACGUCAUCUCAAAUAUAACUUUAAUAGUUAUUCAUCCAAAGGGGCUGCUGUGUCAACAGUGAAGAAACUUCAUCCGAAAACGAGGAUCAAAACUCAUGCUGAUAAAAAGUGGGAUGAGGCUGAUAAAAAGAAAUGUUGUAGUAAGUAGCAUUAACGAUAUUUUUCUUCAUUCUAUGAUGAUUGUGCAAGAGACAUGAAUAAACAGCAUGUUUUUGUUUGCAAUAACCACAACUUUAUAGUGAAUGUGAGGGAUGUCAGUCUCGAUGAAGGAAAAUUGCCAGAAUGGAUUAGAGUAUAUAUGCAUGCCCUGGCUGUCACCUUCCUCAUGCACCAUUAAAGGGACAUUAUAAUCACUACAGCUUGGUGCAGUGGUUAUGGUGCAACAUGUCUAUGGUGCACACAUGCCUUACUUUCUAUACUUAUGGACUCAUUUUAGAAAAAAAUUUGAUUCAAUAUUGAUUUAAACAGUUGCAGCUUCUUGAUCCAAGGAGAGAUCUGAUUCUGAGGUCAAGAAGGAAUUUUUUCCAAAUUUUUAAAAAAAUUGGAAAGAGCUUUAAACUCCAAACUAAUGCACAUGAAAGCCAUUUUAGUUUAAAGGGAAAUUAUAGUGCUAAGAAUACAAAGUAGUAUUCCUAGCACUAUAGUACCCUAUAGUGCCCCCUUGCAUCCGUCUCCCCCGCCCCCCUCCUCGCAGCACAGAAGCCCUUCUGUAAUUUACCUGAAUUUAGCACCGAUGACCCUCAGCACUGGGUCAGGCUCCUCCCCAUGUGUAUGCGCUGCAAGCACCACGCUAGCUUUAGGACUACCCCAAAGGAAAGCACUGAAUCAGCGCUUUCCUAUAGGGUUUUAGCUGACACUGGAGGAUGUUCAGCACUAGUUAGGCAUGCAAAAGUCACAUAAUAACAUGGAAGCGCCACUAGUGGCUGUCUACCAGACUUUGCAAUGUAAUUAAUGCAGAUUAUCAAUUACAGAAUUAUAAUUGCAAGAUUAAAGGAACAGGGGCACUGUGCCCAGACCACUUCAAUGAACUGAAGUGCUUACAGUGUCCCUUAGUGAUGUAGUUUGUGUGCCUAAUUUGUUUAUGAAGAACUAACUAUACAUAGAAACAUAGAAACAUAGAAUGUGACGGCAAAUAAGAACCAUUCAGCCCAUCUAGUCUGCCCAAUUUUCUAAAUACUUUCAUUAGUCCCUGGCCUUAUCUUAUAGUUAGGAUAGCCUUAUGCCUAUCCCACGCAUGCUUAAACUCCUUUACUGUGUUAACCUCUACCACUUCAGCUGGAAGGCUAUUCCAUGCAUCCACUACCCUCUCAGUAAAGUAAUACUUCCUGAUAUUAUUUUUAAACCUUUGUCCCUCUAAUUUAAGACUAUGUCCUCUUGUUGUGGUAGUUUUUCUUAUUUUAAAUAUAGUCUCCUCCUUUACUGUUUUGAUUCCCUUUAUAUAUUUAAAUGUUUCUAUCAAACACCACUCCUGGCUGUGUCUAACACAGCCUCCAUACACACCUCCUGAAAAGAAGCAUUCAUUUUGAAACCUAUCUUAGCAGAGUUUGUUUACUUUAGAAGUCAUUACAUCCUGCUCUUUUAAUUGUUAGUGCAAAGCAAGCUCCUACAUGAGAUUGGAUAAAGUUAGAGAAAGAAAGAAGAAUUAAAAACAAAAAGUUGUCCAGGCCUUUAGACUUGUCUACACUUCUAAAUAAAGCUCAUUCUGGGACCUAUUCCAGCACAUUUGAGCAUUUCAUUUUUCAUCAUAUAUUUUGUAAAACAUCCAGUAUUUAAUUAUCUUUAUUUUAUAUAUUUUUUACUAAAAUCUAUUUCCACUUACGAUUUAUGGCUUCCAAAUUUCAGUCUGUCCACAGCCAAGGAUAAAAAAGUUAGUGCCGGGCAAAACGUUUAGCAGCAGAGCUCGCGGGCAAGAAUUUUAAGAGUUUAGAAAAAACAUUUGGAAAAAAAAUGCAUGAUUUUUUAUUUUAAAAGUUUUGUUCAGGCUCAUUAAAAUUAGAUUUUUUAACCUAGAUUUCACCUUUAAUAAUACCAUUAGAGUGCUAUUUAUAAUAAUGUGUCACCAGGUACACUGUUACACUCAAUGUUAUAAUGAUGCGGGAUACAGCAGUCUAAGCCAUGAUACAGGUUUAGGGUAGUAAGUGUUGGGAGGUCUUAGGGUUUGUGAUAUUUAGGUCUGGGAGAAUUUAGGAUAAAAGAAGAUUAAAAUUAAGCUGAACUCGGAAUUAGGGAAUAACGGUCUCUCUAUGAUUUUCAACAAGACCUUUCCAUAAGAUUAAGAUUAUGACGUUACAGUUUCCAUUUUUACCCCAAACGAAAAUACUAAAUAUUAUGUCUUCAAAGUAGUUGGGUCAGACUGCUAUAAAGGUACGUAUUCAGAAUAUUUCCCAAAUAGUUUGUUUAAUAUUAUCUUUCUCUUAUUUUAUUGAAUGUCACAACAAUUAGAUAAUCUGUCUAAUCUGUAAUAGACAUAAAACUAUGUAAUGGUUGUAGCAUCUUAGCAGAUCAUUGCCUUCUCCAUCCUUCUACUCAUAUAAAUAAAACUUAAAAUGUAUUGAUGUCUAAGGUGUUCAAAUUAAUUAAAAUGGAAAGGCUGGGAGAUGUUCACAACAAACGUCCAUGCGUUCUCCCCUAGAUGACAGCUUAUUCAUGUUUGUAAAUCUAAUAGACUUCCCCAAAACUGAAAUUUAAAGGGCCUUUACAGACGUGUGCUAUCUUAUGACUUUCCGAAACAACCUUGUUUUGUCCUCUUUUAGACUUCCUUGUGAAUGAUGAAUUUUGGGACUAUGAUCAGCAGGUUGACAUGGAAUGUUUCAACACACACGUAUUCUAUGAUAUUUUAUUAAAGCAAUCUCUUCUAGUCACAGCUAAACUUGGCCAUCUAAAAGAAGAAGUAAGUGAGUUACUUUGCUUAUAUUAGAUUGAUUCCAGGUGUACCUCCCACUACCUUAUUCUUUAAAUAAACAAAAUCUUGCAUGGUAGAAAAGAAGCAUCUGAAUAUAAGGCAUGUAUCAUUAGACUUGUAUGCUACCAGUAAUGAGCCUUCUAAUGAAUCCCAUGGACAUUACACACAGAUCAACUGGGGCUUAAACAAAAAUGCGUGGUAGCAGACUGCAGGCACUAUAACAUCUUACCAAUAAAAUGAAGUUAAAGUGCUUACAUUGUCUCUUUAGAUUUAUCGAUGUCUGUAUGACUAAAUAUUUUAAAAUAUAUUCUUAUUCAACUAAGUAUUGAUUAAACUAAUAGCAGUUUAAACAAGACCACAUUGUGAGACCUAAGAGAGGGGUGCAGAAAUAUGUUGAUUAAAUACGUAUUUGGGAAGUUAGAAAUAGAAAAUAAAAACCUUGUGAAAAUAAAAUUUUUGAUAACAAUGAACAUGCAAUGUUUUGUCUUUUAGGUAAAGAUUUACUAUGAUAAACUUGUACAUGAAGUGAGCGCUUUGAAAGACGUUUUUGCAAAAUGUCUAAAUAUUUCUUACAAACAGAAGCGUUACAGCAGUUCCAUAUUAGAAAGCUACAAAAGAAAAAAAAAAGAGGUACUAUGUUACUGAAGUAUUUUCUUAUAUCUGUGACUUCCAAAAUAAUCUACUUUGUAACACAUUGUCAGUAGUGCACACGAUACUUUAUGUGUUUAAAAAAUAGGUUUACGUAGAGGAAUUUGCUAAAUUAUUCUCCACUCAGCUAUCUUAGAAAAUGACGCUAUUAAACGGGAACACUAAUUACCAUAACCACUAUAGAUCAGUGUGACGAGACCAAUCUCGCCACUGUGCAUUGGAGGAGCCUGGUUGCCUGCCUGCUGCCUUUUGACUAUGGACCGGCAUUUAAAUUCUUUAUUUUCCUAUGCAGAAAGGUCUAUUCCUGUAUUUCUGCCCUGGCGUUCGGUAGAUUCUCGGAUUUACUGAAUUAACUCAUUUAACCCAGAUAGCUAUGCCAUGGAGCCUAUUCGUGUAAUAAAAGACUUUGGCUCCAUGGCAAUUGAACUGUAUGUGUGUGGUCUGAGCGCCAUUCAGUAAUAAUGUGCGCUCAGACCUAAGCUAUCUGGGGAUAUGUUGCAUGUCUGUAUUUUAUGUAAUAAAUGUAACCUUGUGUAUUUUAUUGUAUUUUACUGUCUUUUUACUGCCAUGUGCUUAAUGGAGUUUUGCCUCUGUCCUUGGAGAUAAUUGGAUUACUUCCCAAUUAUCUCCAGGAUAUAAGACUCUGUGGAACUGGUUUUGAGCAGAAAAGCCAUGUUUCCUUUGGUCACAAAGGACUACGAUCUCUUUUGAACCACUGGACCAAUUUGGAUGAUUUUGACAUAUGUUUGUAUUUGGAGAAUGCUGAUUCCGAAAAUGUAUGUUUUAUGUGAAUGUGAUGCAUGCUUUUAAAGUUAUGAAUAAUGUGGAAAAAUUGUAUUUCUCUGCCGGCGAUAAUUACAUUACCCAUUUUGUAAGGUAAUUGUAUCACAGGCAGAGGGGAGGAUUUUGUGUGGGAGUGUCUGAGUGUAUUGUACAUGUUUAUUGGUUGUUUUCCAAAACCCUGUGGGUGGUACUAAUGUGUAAGAAUGUGUACAUAAGAACAAUAAACCCACAGCUCUGUCUGUUCACUGCUUGACCCUCAAAACAGAGCCUUGUCUUGUUCUUGGGGGGAUUUAUUGUAUGCUGUUCCAGUUUGACUGCUAGGAGUGUAAACCUAUUCGUAUGUUUUUUCCUAUUCGGCUGUUUACGGCAUUCAUAUGGUUUCCUGUUCGGCGGAUUGGUGUUCUGCAGUAGCUGUGCCUGUGUCUCUGGAAGGGAAGAUCUACUAAACGGCGGUUUAAUCCUUUUAUGCCUGGGGGUACCGUUACAAUCAGUGUAGUAGAUAUAGUGCACAGAGGAUAUGCUGCUCAUCCUAUAGUUAUUUGCCAAAAAAACUGGGUUUUCCCUGGUACCUACAACCCGCAGCCUCUCCACCAUCAUUGAUCAUCUGGAAUUACCAAUAUGAAUUUUGUCCAAAUUGGAUGUUGUGGUGGGUGUGUUAUUGCAGUGCAUUCAGGCUAUCACUGACAUCCAGGUUGGGUGAAAUUAUUAAUUACAGUGCGGAAGUUUGUAAUUCACAUUUCCAAUACAGCUGCAGAGAGGCACUAAGAAAGGGCACUGGGAAAACCUUAGUUCUUGUCAAACUACUCACAAAAAGGUUUGCCAACAAACCAUGGUAUGGAACUCAUAACCUCUUUGCACCAUAAGCACUGCAUUGAGCUGUACUGUUUAUGGUAUUUAGAGCACCCUUUUUUUGAUCAUAUUUCAGCGAUGUUCAAAGGAGAUUAUAGACUUGUUUCUGUUGUCCUUUAAAUUCAACAGUCACUGACAACUGGCUGCUAUGCACACUCUAAUUUAACCCUCUAAUAUGCUUUAUAGACACAUAUUAUCAUCAUCAUUCUUCUGUCACCACAAUCCUUAUUAAAUAUACCAUGUCUGGCGACAGAUCUCCCUGACAUCUUGAAAUACAUGUAUUUUAGUUAAGGUAUAAAUAUGAACUCAUUAAUUAGGUGCUUACAGCAGAGUAGCUUUGUGUGUAAUGCAGUCCUUCAGUAUAUAUUUACUGGAAACAAAUAUCUGGUAGAUACAAUAGAAGAUACAUUUAUUGCAUGAAUUGGUUAAUUUCUGUCAUUAUUUUAUUGUGGAUUGAUUAAAGGAACACUAUAGUGUCAGAAAUAGAAACAUGUAUUCCUUACAGUAUAGCUAUUUAGUCCUCUGGCAUCCCCUUGAAUAGGUGCUUUACUUAUCUUUCUCCAGCUUAAUACAGAUCUGGUUGUGGCUGGUCCCACUCAUGCUCCACCCCCUUGGCUGAGAGCAUCAAUCUUGAUGAUCUCAGCCAAUCCCAUAGGAAAGCAUUGGGAAGCUUUUGCACAUGCACGGCAAAACGCCACUCUGCGCCAAUUAGCAUCCCCUCAUAAAGACACAUUGACUCAAUGCAUCUCUAUGGGGAAAGUUCUGGGCCUCCAUGUGGAGUGACUGCCACUGGAGAUGUCCCUAGGCAAUAAAAUAAACACUACAUGAAAAUGCCCGCAGGGACAUGCUAUAAAUACAAGAACAGCCACCUAAGCUGUAGUUGUUCUGGUGACUAUAUUGUCCCUUGAAGCUCACCAUCUAAUACAAAAUAUGCCUUUAAAAAAGUGAAAUAGUUUAAUGUUGAAUGGCUGUAAAAAAUGUAUAGCUUGUAUGCAUGAUAUAGUUUGUAUUAUUUUGUAAUAAUAAUGAUUAUUUGGCAUUUGUAAAGUGAUAACAUAUUUUUCAGCACUGUAUAAUUGGACGAGUAUAAUACGUAAUGAUUCCUGAAAGAUUAAAGGAAUACUUCAAGUACCAUAACCACUACCACUAAAGGACACUCGUGGGAACAUAAUGAUCGCAGUGAGCUGUAGUCAUUUCUGGUGCUUAGAGUGAUCCUUUAAUAUUCAAUAUUCCAUUAAUAAAGGGUGCAGAAUUUACAUCCAGAUUAUUCAUUUUAUUUGAACUUGUUUUCUUAUUCCUGUGCUUUAGGCUGAACUGGAAAUCACAAAGCGAAAGCUUUUGGCAGCAGAAUACGAGGAGAUUCUAAAUAAGCAGCUGGGCAAUUUACAGCAGGAUUCGAAGAGUUUGGAAGAUCAUUGCGUUGUUUUUAAUGGCGCUCUGAGAGAAUGUCUGAGAUUGCUUGAGAUGCUGAAAACUAAAAACAGUAUCAGAGAGUCUGCCAGCAAGCUCUGUAUAUAUAAUAGCCAAUCGUGAGUGUUUAAUUGGAAUCGUUUUUUCCAGCAUUCUGCUAAUGUAUUUAAAGACGCGGCCAAGCACUUAACUUUGUACUUUGAAAUUUCUUUCAUUGACAUUUUCAAAUCGCUUGUAAGAAUACAAAUACAGAAAUACUAAAACAGAGAAUAAACACAACAGACAAGUAUUAACAGAGUAAGAUGUGGGAUUGGGGACAGAGAAGAAGGAUAGCAGAAAAAGAAUGAGCAGAGAAGGAUAAAAAUAUUAAUUUACUAAUCUAUAACUAUAUUAUAGCAAAUCUAGCUUUUACGGAACAGUUAUAGACCUCACUGCAUAUUUGUACAUUAACGAUAAUAAUAACAAAGUGUUUAACCACGAAAGGUACAUUCAGAUUACUCUGGUUUCUAAGUUUAUAUUAUAUAUAAUUCAUCAGAUGUAGAAGAAUUAUCAAGUUUAGGCAUCGCAUUAAUUGCUUACAGCAUCCCUGUACUUCACAUGCGUUUCCAAGCACUCUGCUUCCUCUGGUCAGUCAUUAGUACAUCUGGGUUUUUUUUAUACAUUGGUAGGAAAAUAAAAAUAAAACGGCAAUCACAUAAUGACUACUCGUGAGGGAUACUGUAAUAAGAUUUCAAAUAAAGCAAAGACACCGAUAAUGCUACUGGGAAAGGAUAGGGAGAUACUGAAAAAAAUGCAGAAUGGUGAUAACUAUAAGGACUGAAUGAUAUAAUUAUUAUUAUUAUUAUUAUUAUAUUUAUAGAGCACCGUCAAAUUCCGCAGCGCUUUACAAUAUAAUAAAAUAGAGAGGAUGGGGAAAUGUGCAGGAAAUAAUUUAAAGGGCACUAUCAUGUUUUGAUUUUUUGUUUCACUUUUCCUUUUCUUAUGCCCCUUGUAUUUGAAUGAUUAUAUUCCCUACCUUGCUACUGACCUUUAUUUAUAUUUAUUGUGUUUUUUUUCCUCUUCCUGGAUCUCAGUAUCUGGGAGCAGCCAUUUUGUUCUCCUCUGUCCAUGAUGCCUGCGGUUUGCCCUUCUGUGCGAUUUAUUUUUUGACUGAUGGAUUGUGGGUAAAUUAGUUUAGCAACUGAAAUGUAACUUUGCUUGAGCUCUGCCAAUUGUCAAAAAUUGUCAAAGACAAUGUUCCCUAUUAAAAAAGUACAUCUUACUUUUUUCGUGUAACCAAAAAAAUCUAUAAUAUAUGUAAAAAUAAAUAAAGAAAACCAGAACUCAAGGACAAAAAAAUUAAUUGUUUAAAAAUAAAACCUGCAAAGGGACAGAGACCCUUUAAAUAUUGUGUACCAUUGAUGAUUAAAAGAUAAAUGUAUGGCAUGUGGAUAUAGAAUAAUGGGGAAUUAGAGCGGGGAUAUGGCUUGUGUUAUACAAGCAUGGGUGAAGAAGAGAAGGUGUGUAUGUUUGAGAGAUAGGAGAUGAAUGAGACGAUGAUACAGAAUUUCCACCAUGAAUAAGAUAUUUUGAUAACAAUUUUUGCAAGGUUAAAUGUUGAUAGAGUCUGAGGAAUUCAAUGUUUAUUUUAGAGACUAAUAUACCAAUUCAUAACCAUAAACGAGGCUCAGAUCCCGUGAUAUUACUGUGUUCACAAUAUUUUCCUAUAUUUACUGAAACAUGAUUAAUUUACUUAUUUCAGACUCAUGUUACAGUUAGAAGAUGCAUGUAGCAGAAUGCAUACAGCGGUGAUGAAGGAGUGUGAGAGGCUCAAAGCGUGGGGUGUUCUGGGUGAAGGAACAGGCGCCUACCUUGUUAACAAGGACAGAACAAGCGCUCUUACCAAAAGGGAUCUUAUAGGUAAUAUUAUGUGUGUCUUUAUUUUUAACCAGUAACAGAUUAUUGAAGUUAAAUAAAGAGACACGAAGCAGAGAGCCAUUGGUGACAAAACCAUAACGAGUCAGGCUUACAAGGGCUCAAAUACAUUAUAUAAAAACACAAUGCCAUAACAUACAGAAUUUAGACAGAACAGGAGAAAACGCAAUAAGAAGGGGAAGGUCUCACCUCCUCAGAUGGCUCUGAUAAGUAAUCACUCUAUGAUUUAAUACAUUUUAAACUUAAUCUGGACACAAGCCCUAGUUGUCAUUAGAUUUGUACAUACCGAUACAAUUCAGUUUGGCCAAACAUUUUUUUCUGAAUUUUUUUUCAGCCGUGCGUUGGUUCAACUCAGCAGAAUUUCCAUACCGAAAAACUGAUUCGGGAAAUGGAAAAAUGCAAAAUCAGUGUAUUGCAAAACAUAUACAUAAUAACACAAUAUAAAUAUUAUGCAUAUAUUUUGCAGUAUAUUGACAUAGAUAUAUCAGUGUAUAUAAAAAUAUUUAUUUUUGUUCCUCCUUUUUUCCCUCGAUUACUCCCUCUUGCUUUAUGAAUAAAGACAUUUUGUAACUGUCCCCUAGCCAUGAAUCUUCUGAUUUCUAUCAUUCUGUUGCCAUUGGCUGUUUCAGUUGGUUUGUGAUUCAGAUAAAUUUUGUCUCAGAGUUUGGUAAUUCAAAUGAUCACAGCAAAAUGUAAUCCGUGGAAAAGUUGCAUUUGUUUGACUCCUUUGAUGGCCUAAGAAGGACAUGAGAUCAUUAUUUAAAAGAAAUUCUGUCUCUUCUGAGUAUUUUAUAACGAAAAGAUCUUUAUGAAAUACUCGUAAUGACUGAGCAAUCAAUUCAUAUAAAACAAACUAAGAACUAAGAAAUAAAAUCUUAGCUGGACAAAACAUUCGAAAAGGGUGAGCUUCCACCAUCAAGUUUUGUCAAGUUUUCCAAGCAGCUACUGCUAGUAGAGGUUGUGAGAUGAGGCCCCUUCUCAAAAAUCGAGGACCUUUUAAGGUGAGUCAAAUGGGAUACUAAAGGAUUAAGCACCAGUGAGAAACAUGGAGAACUUCAAGUAACCAUAUCUUCCUUUCACUUCUCCUGCCAACUACCAUACAUCAUCAUCAUCAUCAGGCAUUUUGUCUUCCCUCUUAGAAACAUAGAAUGUGACGGCAGAUAAGAACCAUUCGGCCCAUCUAGUCUGCCCAAUUUUCUAAAUACUUUCAUUACUCCCUAGUCUUAUCUUAUAGUUAGGAUAGCCUUAUGCCUAUCCCAUGCAUGCUUAAACUCCUUUACUGUGUUAACCUCUACCACUUCAGCUGGAAAAUGAAAGUAAAGGCUUGCGCUCGUCCGGGAUUUGAACCCGGGACCUCUCGCACCCAAAGCGAGAAUCAUACCCAAAGACCAAUGAGCCAUUCACCACACUGCUUUUAAGCUCUUAUAUCUGUCUCAUUUAAAAAAUGACUGAAUGAAAGAUUAAACAAACAUGCAUUUGUGUUUGUAACAUUUAUAUGCACGGUUCUGACAGAUUGUGGUAUUAUACAUUUUCACCUUAUUUUGAUGUUUAUGGUUUUUAUUAAUUUUAUGUUUUUUUGUUGUAUCUAUUGCAGCUUUAGAUGGCUCGGUGCGGGACAGCAAUCUUGUAAGUGUGAAUAGCACACAUGGGCUUCUAAGUCCAGCUUCACAUUCUGUUAUGCUUCUAUCCAGUCAUUAUUUAAUGCCAGUUCCAGAUGACUAUUUUGUGCACAGUGAAACUGGAAAAGUUCUUCCAAUUGCUGGGAAUGUUGUGUAUGAUCCCACAACCUCCCAGCUAAUUACUACUGUGGACUCAGCGUUCGGUAAGUAAAGAAACCAUUUUUAAAAAAUCAAAUAGGUCUUUGGAGCCAUUCUCAUCAAUAGGGUCACUUAGGCUAUUGCACUUCAGGAGAAAAUGCAAGUACAAGCUUUCAUUUUCAGUAGCAUUAAAAAAAAACUAUAUUUCCCAUGUCAUCAAAACCAAUAUUUUCCUCUCUUGAGCACAAUUAAACCUCUUUUAUAGCUUAAUUUAAUGUUCUUUCACAGAGGAAUGACCUGACAUGAAUUAUUUGGAAAGAGGAAUGCACAUUUAGAUCAUUGUUUUAUUUAAACCCAACACUAAUGUAACUGAGGUCAAUGUUAAUAAAACUAACAAGAUUGCCAAGUCUAUUUGGGUUUAUAAAUAAAUCAUCGCACAAAAUAAUCCUUGUAUUUAACCCCUUAAGGACCAAACUUCUGGAAUAAAAGGGAAUCAUGACAUGCCACAUGUCAUGUGUCCUUAAGGGGUUAAACCUCUUGUGAAACAUUCAUUUUGAUGCAAUCUAUGUGUCAAACAUUAUCUUUGAUGUAAUGUAUUUAUGUAUCUUAUCUUAUCUAUAGCAUUAACACACAUUCAGGACCUAAUACACGUUUAUGUCUACAGUGAAAACACAAUGCUGUUAAAUUGAUAUCGUUUGGGUUUUCUUUAUCAGUUUUAGUUCAUCACCAUAUUCUUUUGCAUUAUUGCUCGUUUUUUAAAUACAUUAUAUGUCUAAUAUACACGUGGAUCAUUGGUUUUGGCUCAGAGCACAAUACAAAUUGGUUGCCAAACUGUCUCUCUGCACAAGGCAGGGGAUAAGCAGAACGUUGGGGAAUAUAUACACUAGAUAAAGUUAGCUCCAAAAUGCUGGAGGUAGCUGACAUUGACAAAUUCACAGCCAUGGUACAUGACACAUCCAAAAACAAUCACAAAAUGUAGGACCCUUCAAAAUUCACAUCACAUAAUCUCUGAUACACAUUAAUUGCACAUUGCUAACCCACGAUGCCAAGGAUCAAGCCUUCCGUGGACUGGGUCUUAAUUCCUAUUUUAUACUCCUUCAUUUCUUGUCAAAUAUAUUUUAAUAAAGAGUUUUUUUUAAUAUAUAUAUUGUAAUAAACAGUGAGCAAUAGUAACAGAUACAAUAAACAUUAAUGGAAUGGGGAAACUGGGAGAAAAGAGGUAUCCAUUCAUAUAUAUAUAUAUACACAUUAGGUAUAUAUCUGUACAUCAAAUAAUGAAUAAAACAUCAUUUAAAAUAAUAUAUAUAUAUAUCGAUAAUAGCAUUAUGUAAACAUAACAAAUAAAUGAUACAUAACUACAAACAAUACAUUUUCUUUACAUUUUCUUCCCAUGUAUUCCAGUAGUAUAAUAACUUAUCUAAUAAGGGGGAUGGUUGUCUUAUGGCCAAUUCAUAUGUUUUAUUCUCUAGUGUCAGGAUCAGAAUUUCUUUAAUUGGCGGUAAUUUGGGAGAUUUCCAGUAUCGGGGUAGUGAACAAGUGGCAGCAAUUAAAAUAUGUCCUAUAAUUAUUUUGUCGAUUUUAUUUAUGGAGCGAGGAAACUUUUUAAACAAGCCUAAUUCGGACGUAAAAUAAAUCAAAGAUAGGUUAAUGUUUUGAAUUAAUGCAUAUAUAUUUCUCCAAAAUGCUUUUAAUUUGGAUACUCCAUUUCAUUUGAGUUUUCUUCUUUUUCAUUUAUUCUCUGGUCUUAUUCUUACACUACUACGGGCAUGCCCAAACUAAGGUCUGGUCCCUUGUUUUAUUUAUCUAUUGGUUCCUUUAUUUAGUUAAUUAAAGGAACACUAUAGGGUCAGGAACACAAACAUGCCCCCAUAGCCCUGUUAGAAAAGGUGAAAACUUUCCUUAUAUCCAGCACCGCGCAGGUCUGCGCUACACUCCUGUGCAGCACUGUGCCAGGAAGCACCUCCAGUGGCCGUCUGAGGAGUGGCCACUUGGAGGUGUACCUAUGGAAAGGCAGUGUUUGCAUGAAAAUGCCUGAAGGUAAUGAUUACAUUCACCAGAACAAAUACAUUAAGCUGUUGUUGUUCUUUUGACUAGUGUCCCUUUAAAUUAUGGCAUACUCAACUGAUCACCUAUACAUUUCUUGAAAGGCUUUGAACUGUACUUGCUUUUUAAAAUAAACAUGGACAAUUCAUUUUGUUCUGAAUCUAAUUUUUCCUGAAUUUGGUGAUUCAGCAAUUUGUAAGCAUCCAAAUUCCAGAAUCAAAUUAAAUCAUAAACAAAUUAAAAUAAAUAGAUCUCUAAAAAAUCUAAUCGAUAACUCAAUUCUCCCAAUAAUGAAUCAAAUCAAUAACUCGCUACAUUGAUACUUUGUAACUUUGUGACUGACACCUUCUUUCAUUCCCCGUAGAGGAUUAAUGGGCCUUAGUAUUUUAGAAAUUAACAAAAAAAUUUGGAUUAAUUUUGGUUCGCCCAAAUCCAUAUCUGUUUACUUGAUAGUUUUAUGUAUUUUAUUUAUUUAUUUGUUUGUUUUGUAAAUAAAAAGGAGAAAUUUCGACAACAGAAACACUUGUAUUCCCAUUUCUUCCUUAUCCCCUCUGUCCGAGAUCUGGGCUACCAGUGGAAUGCAAUCUUCCAAGUAUUAAUCAUCACAAAAAAUAUGAGGGGCUGAUACUAAUGUUGGAUCAUGCAUCUGGAAUGGAAGUGCCAAUUCUUGCUGUAACUAUUCAUCCACAAACACGGCAAUGGAUGGCACUGGGGGGUACAUAUGCCCAUCCUCUCACUGGCAUGAUUUCACCAAUUGAAAUAGGAGGCCCUAUGAUUGACCCUAAAACAGGAAAGAUUUUUCCAAUUCUAGGCAUUGAAUUGGACAGCAACACAGGUCAGUGGCGUGUAUGUUUGUCUUUAUGGGUUUUAUAUGUGCUGUGUUUGUGUGUGACACAGAAUUGCUUUACAGAACUGUAUAUACUAAAUGUAUAAAUAUAUUGUAAUAUACUGUAAAAUCAAUUUGUAAGGAUUAGGAAAACAGAGAUGCACACCACAUGUAGAGGAAGCGUUUCUAAUAAACCAAGAUAAAUAACAUAACAUAUAAUGGAAUUUUUUUGGGUAGGAAAAACAUAAGUCGAUACUGAGGUCAUUGUGGAAAGUCAGUGCAAAACACACUCGUACCACAAAUAUGUUAAAAGAAAAGAUGUUUUGUGUUGCAGUUUAUGUUUGGUAGAUCAAAACUCCUGUCUAAAUGAUGUACAAAAUUGUACCCAACUUAGGUAAAACAACUUGUUUUCAUAGUUGAUACAGCAUGAGACAAAAACAUAGCAUGCAAUGUUAAAGAGAGAAAAGAUAAACGUUAAAGACACCGUCUAAGCACCAAAAUAUAUUUAGCUUAAUAAAGCAGCUUUAGUGUAUAAAUCAAGGGUAGGCAACCUUUGGCAGUCCAGAUGUUAUGGACUACAUUUCCCCUGAUGCUUUGCCAGCAUUAUGGUUUUAAGAGCAUUAUGGAAGCUGUAGUCCACAACAUCUGGAGUGCCCAAGGUUGCUUACUCUUGGUGUGGAUCAUAUCUCUGCAGUCUUACUACUCAAUUCUCUGCCAUUGAGGGGUUAAAUCACUUCUGUUUUUUGUUUAUGCAGCCCUAGCCACACCUCCCCUGGCUUGGAUUCACACAGCCUGCAUGAAAAAAAAUAAUUCAUUUUCAAACAGAUCGUGCAGCACAGUGGUUACUUUAUAAGUUUUUAGCUCCUGUUCUGUCCAUUGACCUUUAAUCACACAUGGGAGUCUUCUGCGGGAUCUAGCAGGCAUCGAACAGAGAAGAAGGCAAGAACUGCUACAUUAAACACAAUGUACAAAAAAGUAAAAUUGAAAACAUUGAACUCUAUUUCAGAAUGCUUGUAGGGAAGUUGCAUACAUACAGCCAGGAGAGGUGUUAAUAAAACGGAAUAACUCCUAAUUUAACUCCUAAAUGGCAGAAAAUUGUCCAGUGAGGCUGCAGGGUUUAAUCUACGUAUCAAAACCACUUAAUUCAGCUAAAGUUAUUUUGGUGCUUAAAGUGUCGUUAUCUUUAUAUGUAAUAUGCAUAAGUAAUGUUUGAUAUUAUUAUGAUUCAUUGUUAGAGAUAAUGACUAACAUGACAUAUGACAUUAAUGUAUUUGGCAAGGUUUCAUCUCUUCUAUUAAUAUAAUUAGCUUUUCAGGAAUUUUGUAAUGUUAUCGUAGAAGUUAUUAUUGAUUUUCCAAGGCAGAGUUCAGUACAUAUUUUGUCUGCUCAGUAAAUCUGCAGAUAUAACAUUUCUGGUUCCAAAAUUUGAAUAAAUUUUUUUUGCAAUAUGAAUGUAUGACUGUUUGAAAUCAGGUGCAGCAGGUAUGAUUUCUGGAUCUGAGCAUCUCUAGAACCCAAUACAUUUAGGAUUGCGUUCUUUAGAGUCAGAACAUUUAACUCCUAAAUGGCAGAGAAUUGAGAAGUGAGACUUAGGAGACAUAAUUCGUGCACCAAAACUGCUUCAUUAAGCUAAAGUUGCUUUGAUGCCUAUAGUGUCCCUUUAAGAAUUUUUGGAGAUGUGCUAAUAAAAAAAAUAUGCUAAUUAUUCUGACCCUAAGAUUUAGUUGGUUUUGUGAUUUAUUUUAACAUUAUUCCCCAUACAAGCACAAGUGAAAUAUGAAAUUUGUUCAAUAAAUUUGGGGGGAUUUUCAUAAAAAAAAGGAUUGCAAAAAAUCCUGACAUCUCUGUACCUCCAUAAUUAGUCAUGUGUUUUCAUCUGUAGUACUUGACUAACAGUACUCAAAAUAACCUAGAUAUAUAGUUUUUUCAAAAGUUCUUAAUUAUUAAUUAGACUUUGUUGAAUCUUUUUUUUCAUAGGUCAUGUUAUUCCAGUCGGAGGGUUAAUGUCUACAUCUGGUGAGAUUUCUGUGUUUGGAGAUCAAUUCUGUGAGCCAUUGAGUGGGAAAAAAGUCCGACUUCAAGGUGCUGUUUUCAAUCAAGGAAAAGUGAUGCCCCAUUCUGGAGGUUACCAAGCGCUCUUAGAGUCCAAUUUACUGAUGGCUGAGAUCAAUGUGCUUGACACUCUGAAAGCACUUAAAGACACAGUCCCUGGAGAUGAUUUUAUAGUGAAAGAUGACUUUGAACAAGUAUACAGAGCUUUAGAUAAAGCCAUGGAAAAUAUGAAGAGAUCCAUUGCAAUAAGGCAGCAACACUUAAUGUAUAGAAUGCACAAUUUGAACUGCCAAAAGUCCAUGGCUGUGGAUUUUAAAUGCUAUGGUGGAAAUUUAGGUGAGUGGGACUUUAAAUCCAUAUAUAUGGAGUUAUUGUACACAUUAACCACCCUUAUUUUAUGGUCAGUUUUGUUUAUCAUGGUCAAUUUCUUACUUUAUGCUAAUUACAGUAGAUGAUAUAGUUUAAUGAACAAAAUAAAAAAAAUAAAAAAAUUUGUUACUAAUAAAAAGAACAUGUUUUUUUACCUAUCUGUUUAAUAUUGUAAUUAAAAACUUGCUAUUAGCUUCAAUAUAAUAAUAAUAAUAUAUUUUAUUACAAUAUUAUAUAUUAAAAUCUCAAACACAAAUCUUUUUUUUAGUUUUUUGUUUUGUUUUUCUAACAUUUUUUUUUCAUUUCCUAGCGCAUGGUGUUACUCUACUUUUUAAAUUAAUUUAUAAAGAUUGUUUACCGUCUUAAAAUGUAAUAACAUUUUUAUUGCCCCUCCUCACAGCAUUUUUUGUUGUAAGGGGUAGUUUACCAAAUUUGAAAAUAAGUAUAGUGUACGUUACUGUGUUUAUGUGUUAUUAUCGGAUCAUGAUAAUAUGACUACUUUAGGCACGUCAGUUCAUGAGUUGUUCUUGUUAAAAAAAUCAACAUUAAAGAAGGACGAAAAACAACAAUACAAACCGUAUUAAGCUGACUACAUUACUACAUAAAAUAAUAAUAUUCAUGAUCUCAGUUGUUUAAUAUAUAGAUACAUACUCAUAUCCCAUAUGUUUUGUAUAUUUGCCAUAUUGAAGUCAAAGCAAUAUUUUAUCUUAAAAAAUGCACCAGGUAUGAUAUUCUAUCCCAGGACAGAGCUGUGGGUUCCUGCAGUAUUAGGAAUGGAAAUCCCUGACCCUGGACCUUCAGAUAUAAUGGUGCCGAUUCUUGGAGUAGAAUAUGAUUUUAUUAAAGGCCAUUUAAUUCCGCUGGCAGGAACAAUGGAGGAUGCCAAAGGGAAAGGUAUAGUUACCAUUGAUUCAAAAUAAAUCUGCCAUACAUUCAAAACUGUACAUGUAUGUGUGUAUGCGUGGAUCUACAGUACUGUCACUGCAUAUUUUUAUGAUAAGAACUUUUGCUGCAAAAAAAACACAUUUUAUUCCCCCCGUCCCAACCUGAUGUGUUCUCUUUUUGCUCCAAAAACAAAUAUCUAAGUAAAUAUAGGUAACAUUUAUUUGUACAUUUCCUUAAGGACUUAUUCCAAUCAAAUUGGGAGCUAGAACAAUUGAUCCAAUCACAGGUGACAGUGGAUCAGUAGUAGGUGCUCAAACCAGCCCAUUAACAGGAAUUAUUAUGCCAGUUGUACAGUCAGGCACAUCGUCGAAAGGAACGGAUUAUUAUCUGGUAAGUAUUAUAUUUUGUGGUCAGUACAUUCAUUUUGCAAAUGUUUUCUACGACCAACGUCAUUUUGUAAAUAGACAAAAUAUAAUGAUGCAUACAGAUACAGUGUAUCUAAGAAGAUAUUUUCCUUAGUUCCAAAGGAACACUGCAUCCCUAAUAUUCUGGCCAUCCAAUAAGGAGAUUUACAAUAAAAGCCUAUUCCAGGGAGACAAUGUAAUUGUAUUUUUAAAGUGUAAAAAGGUCUAGUGGAAAAGCAUUUUAAACUAUGCCUUCGUCCUCACAGCCAUACUUACCUCUGGAGGCCAAGCUUUUCCUACCCUUCGAGGUCAGCUUGGCUUGUAUUAGUAACUAACAAUCUUACUCACCUAAUUAAUGCUGAUGUUUAAUGAAAGAUGAGAUGAUCAGUUAUGGAAUAUGGUGCCCCUUCAUUUCAUUACUGUGAACUGGUAAUUAUGCAUAUUGAUGUCUAUGUAAAUUUAUCACAAAUAUUUGUGGUUUUAGUUGGAAUCACUUGGAAGAGAAUUAAAAUCAAGAGAGCGAUUUUGGCAAAACCAAAAGAACAAGGAAGGAGAACUUUUAAAAGAUUUAAAACUUCUUAUACUUUAUAUCACUGAUGCCGCGAGAGAAGACAAGAUACACAAGGUAUGACGAUCUCUGCCAGAUUUGAUAUCAAUGUUUUGUUAAGUAUUUACAUGGCUCCUUUUGACGAUGUUUUGUAAAAUGAAAUAAAUUAAUGAUGUUGCUGUUUAAUUUUGUAUUUACCUUUAGAGUAGAUUCAAAGACAAGAUUGUAUCACUAGAGGAACUUUGUCAAUCAGUCGAAGAAUCAACCCUUUGUGAAACUCAAAGAAGAUCCAAACAGAAUUUAAACAGCUUAUCCAUCAAGAUCAGUCAACUGCCUUUUAUGAGUAAGAUGUAUUUCUAUGCUACAAAUAAAACAAUAAACAUGCCAACAAAACUACAACAUGCCUUCUAACUAAAGAUGAAUGUAUUGUUUUGUUUAAUAAUAAAUAUAUGACGGUUUGAUAAUAUUCAAUGAUUAGGUAAAGGUGUUGGUAUUACAAUUCCAGUAGCUAAGGAAUAAAUCUGGCACAUUGUUGUUAUUUAUUCAGUUAUCUUUUACAGAAAUGUUGGAUCGGUAAAUCAUUUUUUAAUAAUUUAGAACAAAUUUCAAACAGUACAAUUUUUCAAAAAGGGCAUGAAAGGAACACUUGUAUUCCUUAGUUUUGUUCAAGUCUGCAGCUGCCGACUUUGCCCGUGAUCUCUCUGUUUGGCUGACAUCAUCCGAAGUGUUGUUCUCAGCCAAUCACAAUGCCUUCCCAUAGGAUUAGCUGAGACUGGCAACAGAGCCAAACACAGCCCUGGCCAAUCAGCAUCUCCUCAUAGAGAUGUAUUAAAUCAAUGCAGCUCUAUGAGGUAAGUUCAGUGUCUCCAUGCAGAGGCAGGAGACACUGAAUGGCAGUGCCUCAAUGUGCAGCACUGCCCCAGGAAGCACCUCUUGCAGCCAUUUGAUGAGUGAUCAGUGGAGUUAUCCCUAGGCUUUAAUGUAAACACUGCAUUUUCUCUGAAAACACAGUGUUAACUGCUAAAAGCCGUAAGAGGAUGAUUAUAUGCACCAGAACAAAUACAAUAAGCUGUAGCCGUUCUGGUGACUAUCGUGUCUCUUUAAAUAAUAUAAUCAUUAGUAUUUGAAAAUAAUCUGAAAUUAGCUUUUGAGUUUUUGAGGUUCUCAAAAUAAUAGAAUUGAAAUAUACUGGAUACUUAAUUCCUAAAUUUCUGCAAAAAGAGCUGAUUUUGAAACAAUCUCCAACUAUGACUUUAGCUAUUUAAGUUCACUUCUAAUGUGUUGUUUAGUAAAUAAACCACACCAUACAUUUUUAGCAGUGCUUUACAAUAUUAUAAAAGGGGAAAAAAAUAUUACAAUAAAUGAGACAAUUACAAAAUAUUACAGGAAUAAAAGGUUGAUGAUGACCCUGCUCAAACAAGCUUACAAUCUAGAGUACACCAACAAAUGGCAUUGUGGACUGCUAUUGCAACCUGUCAAUAUGCCCUGAUAUAUUCAAUGAGCUACUCCUCAUUUUUUGUUAAGACAUUUGCUUCAUAUUUGGUCCUUGGCCACCUGCGUUCCUGUCUCCCAUGGCUGCUUAACACCUCCCUGCUUUAAGCUUGUUUGACAACAGCCAUACAAAUGUGUUCAACCUACACAUCUAUUAUUAACAUGAACAUGAUGCCAUACUCCUCGAUGCACAUUCCAAUGUAGCUGCUCCUGUUCAAUGGCACAAACCACUGAUACAUUGUCUUGGCUUUUCAAAUGAUUCUCAUUUUUGCACAAGGAAAGGGCUGCAUUUAGCAUGUCUUCCAUCUACACCGCACUGUUUUGUGGUUUAUUUCUGUAUAAAUGUGCCAUUUCAUUAUUAAAAUUCAGUUCAAAUGUGAAUGUUUGCAAUUUGCUUCGUCAGUUCUUUCUAUUUCCCUUUCGUUAUAAUAGAUAUAUGGUGAAAAUAUUGAAGUGCCUGAAUACACAUCAAAAGAAUCCUGGUAUAUGUAUAGCUAGUUUAGAGGUACACUCUAAACACCCUGGAAUCUUAAGCCCCCUACCAGGAAUGCAAUUCGUUUUUCUGUGAAUGUCUUUUACCUUCGAUGUUAGAAUCUGACUUUACAUGCAUUGUUUGCCAACAGGUGACAAUACAGAGGAGAUGGAACGGCAACUGAUGUUUUUAAUGGUUGUCAGGAAAACUAUGGAAAAAUUGGUUCAAUUCUCUCACAAGUUAGAGCAUGAAUCGGAAAGACUUCGAUCCCAAACGAGAGAGUGGCAGAAAAGCAGGGAACAAAUUCGUGAAGAAAUAGUUGGGACUAAGCAAAACAUGGUAAAUGGUGAUUGAUGCCAGACAAUGUAAUUUAGUGAUUAUCGGGUCCUGCUUUGAAUCUCAGAGUAAUUUUCUUCUAAUGUAAUUUUUGAACUUUUUUGGAAUAAAUGAUUAAAUUAAGAGUGUAUGGGUUUUCUAUUAACAAUUAAAGCGGUUCUUUUAUCAUUGAAAUAUAAUGAUAUUUGAAUCCAAAAACAUCCUUCGAUUUUAAUAUAUAGGAUUUUUUUGUAGGUUAGAUUGAGCUUGAUUGACGAGUUUGAGGACCACAUGAUGAAAAGAUUAAUUGGUGUGGACACUGCAUAUUCAAGACUAGAAUAUGUCAGGGAAUAUAUUAAACUACAAGGACUUCAAGCAAAGGUGCGUACUUAGCAAUGUACCCAGCACUACAGUAAUGGGGAUGGCUCUAUUUCCGGAAAACUGAUUCAUAAAUAAGAACUGCAACAUUCUGAACAUGUAUAUGUUACAAAAUGUUAUCCAAAUUAUUCAAAUAUCCAUUCAUAGUAGUAACCAAUGUUUUAGAGCUGUCCGGAAAACGUGGAGAAGACAGUUCAGAGAAGGUUAGAUCAGAGCGUCAAAAAUAAACAGUUUCAUUCCAAUACCAUUCUAGUACCUUUUUAUUACAUUUAAAUUUAAGGUAUACAUACAUAAAUUAAAUUUAAGGACAUGUUUAAACCAAAGCUUCAUUUCCGUUCUUCCUUUGAAUCUAGUGAGAUGCACACAAGCAUAGAUGCAGAUACAUUACAGCUCGUGCUAAUAUUUUCACACAUUUUAUCUAACAAUUUAGAGGAGUUGUGCAUGUAUGUUAAUACAUUGUUUCAGUUCUUCAUAAAGAUUUGAUUUCACAGAACACACAGUAGUGUUUACCACAUUAAGGUUACACAUAAAUGUGCGAAAUAAAAUAACGGUGAUUAAAAACUUUUUCUUUUUUCCCAUUUUUUUAGUUAUUUUUAUUAGGUAGGACACCCCAGUAUCUUAAUUCCCAAACAUCGUAUUGGAAUGUUGUUGGAAAAGAGGUCCAGGAUCUUGGUCGAACCCUUACUCCAAUGUUAAAAUAUCUGAUUCAGAUCAUGGAAGAAAAGAAGAAUUAUAAGUUAUUAGCUGAGCCACGAGCACCAGCAUCAGGUAAGAAGCCUGCGUAGUAAAUUAUUGCAACUGUAUGUGAAAUAUAGAUAUUUGUUCAUUGUGAAUUUAUUUCUUCAGUAUCUCUCGACUCUAUUUAAAUAGUUUUAUUUAUACAAUUUUGAAGUGUGUGGCAUGAAUAUUUGUUAAAUAGAAGCUCAACCCAUAUAUAAAGAAAGUAAAUGUGAAAAUAUUGUCUAAAAUACUGAAAAUAUUUAAAUGUGUUCCUUUACAACCAUGUGGCACAGUAAUUAUCAAAAUACGUUUGCUUGGAGCAAUAAUAUUAAUUAUACUAUUAUCAUUAUUCCUACUAAUUACAUUUACACUUUAUACAGCACCAUAUUCCAGGAUACGUCAUUUAAUGUAAUAAUAAUACAGUCAUAAUCAAGCAUGUUCAUUUUAAGGUCAACAUGGAGCAUUACGUAACCUUUAACAUUAGAACAGCUCCAUUAAAAUGGUCACUGUUAGGGUGUCUUAGAGAAAGGCUAAGUGUAGUAAUAGGUUAGGGUUUAGAGUAUCUGAUGCAUAAGGAGGUUUCAGGUUUCGGGUGGCUUAGUGUAAGGGCUGGGAUGGUUUAGGAUUAAGGAGGACUUGGGUUUGGAGAUACCUGCAUUCAAGAUGCAAUGAGCUGUAAUACCUACAAUUCUUCAAACGAUGAAGUUAAGUAUUUCGACAAUUCCUGAUAAGAGUUUAAGUCAAAUCAUAAAUAACUAAAUGUAUUUUUUAAACUACUAAUGUGCUUUAAUUUUUUUUUAGGUUAUUCCUCCCGUAGCACACUUAAAGCAUCUGCCGCAAAUUCCGACAGUUUUCAAGUGGUACCUAUUGGGGACACAGAAAAGUUGUCAUCAAACGUGCCUUGGUUUUCCAAUGCCGACAUUGUUUCCAGACAUCAAGACUACCUGUUCAGGUAUGUUUACCAAUUACAAUGUCAAUAUACUCUAACCUGUAACAAAAUUUGGUUUAAAGAGUAUAUUAUAUAACAAAUGUAUUGCCCAUGUUUGCCCAACUGGAAGGCCCAUGUUUGUUUCGCUUACUGUAACUUUCAUCCAUUAAUCCAUAGGUGCUAACAUUCUGUGUAAGAUUUUUGCACUCUGAGGUUUGUCUCUGGUCUUGCGUUUUGUAAUUCUUACUCACACACAUUAGUCACACACUCACACUUAAUUAAUUAAGACAAAAAUAACUAAAUUCUCAUUAGAUUUGUGCAUGUACAGAAAAUUCAGCUUAGCUGAAAUGUUUUUGUUUUUUUAAACAGAACAUGUUUCGGGACUCACAAUGUUUGGACAAAUGUCAGUAUGGCUCUGCAGAAUUUCAGAACUAAGGAUCCAAUUUGGAAAAACAAAAUCAUAAGAAUAAAAAAUGCAUGAAAGUGGACCAACAGUGUGCUGCAAAAUAUAUACAUAAUAUAAUAAAAUGUAUGUAUUUUGCAGUACACUGAGGAGCAUUUUCUGUCCAAAUUGAAAUGAUUGGACAAUUAAUUUGCUCUUCUGAUUCUGUUGCUGUUAUCAUGGUUCUAUAAUUCUGCUGAAUUGAACCAACGUUUAUCCAAAAUUUGGGUGUUCAGAAAUAUAUUCUAUUUUCAGAACAAAUGGCUGAGUCAAAACAUUUGCCUUUCAACUCUAUUGAAAACUACAUACACCAUACUUACAGAUAGGUUUUAGUGUUUAAAUACAUUUAACUAUGAAAUAAAUAUGUUUUCUCCUACAGGACUUAUUGGGAUUUUACAGUUGCUAACUUGUCAAAUUUAGGACAAGCAGAAGCAAGUGUAAAGUUCACUGAGUUACCGACUUCAAAUGACCAGUUGGUAUUUUGUUAUUAUGUACCAUGGUAUCCAGAUGUUUAUUAGUAUAAUUUAUUCUCUGAUGGGAUGUAAAAACUAACACUAACUAUCAGUCACCACUAAAAGUGUAAUUCUAUGGUACGGAAACAGCUGUGAAUUACUAGCUUCUAACUGCCGAGGGCCAUUUUAAAUAUUACCUGCUUGUUGGUAACUGGUGAGAUAUUUUUUUUUUUUUAAGAUUAAAUCCAGAAAUACAUAAUUUAACCCAAUAUUUAAUGUUUUAGGUUUCUUACAGAGAAACAAGCAAGUGAACUGGUCAAUUUUGAAAGGCUGCUACUCACUGAAGAAAUUAACAAGAUUUGGAACUUUUACGAAACAUUUAAUGUCAAAGCACAUGGAAAAAUCGACACAAACCUCUCACAAUUGCUUUUUAGUUUCAAAGAUAAAGAAAGGAUGAAUAUUGAACAAUGUAACCCUGGAAAGGUGAUCUUUUCUAACGUUUUAUUCCUUAAUGAUCGUGCCACUACGUUUUAGAAAGAUUUAACAUAAUAAGGCAGUGAAUAAUGCCUAUUUAGAGCCAUUAUCUUAAGAAUUCUGGUUAAAAAAAAAAAUCAAUAAAAGUUUUCUAAAAGAGAAAGAGAGAAAACAGUUGCAAUUCAAUGUGUUUGAAUGGUUGAGGAAAACAAACUGUUCUUUCAAAAUUGGCGAUAUUCGUGAUAAUUCUGCACUAAUACAGGAAAAAAGACAGUAUUUAGCUAAUAUUUGAAAUACAAACUAAAGUGGUGAAUCCAAAAAACAUUAUGAAAUACUAAUGUUAAUACUAAUUAUAUGAGGAGAUGAAUUGUGCUUUGUUUCUUUCAGGAUAAUUAUAAAUAUCAAAAGAGUAUGAUGCUUUUCAAACAAUAUACAUGAGUAUUGAAUAUAACUGAUAUGUAAUUGACAUUUAUAGAAACUCUAUGGCUAAGUCUCAAAUGUAUGAUAUAUGCAGUAAAUGGGAGGUGAAAUGCAUAUAUUUGAGGUUAAAUGUACCAGCACAUACAUGCUCUGUUUUAAGCAAUACAGACAGACACACAGACAGAUGAUAAAACAAACAAGUAGAUAGAGAAAGAGAGAGAGAGAGAGAAAGAAAGUGAUAGACAGACAGACUCAAAGCAAUGAAAUCAAGUCUAAUACACACCUAUAGAGCCUCAAAUACCUUCUCUAAAGACACAAGAUCCCCUGUGGAAAUUACUUUAGGAGAGUGAUGGAAGAGCUACCGCAAGGGAUCAGCAUUUAACAUUUUAUGUCAUAUAAUAUUUCGUGCAAUUUUCUCUUUGCAGUUGCUGGGAACUAGUCAAGAAAGUGAUAUAUAUGCUGAGUGGCAAAGACUUCUAGAGGAGUUAACUGAAGUCCACAGAACCGCUCGCCAGGCAUUACACCAAAAGCACCUGGAAGAAGUAAAAAGUAUGGGGUUAAACCCAGCCACCAUUAUACCUGAAGAUUAUUUCGGCAUUGAUGUUCGAGCCUCAAUACUGCAUCUUGCCAAAAAUAUACUACCAGUCUGCGGUCAAAGGCAGUAUGACGCCAUGCAGGAGAUGCAGGUAAAUAAGAUGUGAGGUGGAUAAAGGCAUUUGAUAUGGUUCCAUACAAAAAGUUUCAAUCAGAGCUGAAAGCAAAUGUUAAGGUGAAAAUCCUAAUUUUUGGAUUCCGAACCGGAAUAUCUGCUAUUAUUAUGAAGUGGUGUAUAUUAACAUGCUGCACACUACAGUAUUUUCAUCGCUAGAGCCCAUUUAAGGCAGCAGCAGGUUUAGAAUGGUCUAGAGAAAAAGUAGCGAAACAAGUUAUUUGAAAGCAGGUCUGCAAGCAUAAUCAAAUAUUUCAAACUAUAUUUCAUGCUUUCUGUAUUCGACAGGGUGUGUCUUCUGUUGAUGCAAAAUUGCUAGUGGGGGAUACAAGGUCUCAUAAUGAACUUCUAAGGAGUAUAGCAACCAAGUUUGUGAAACAAGAGCUUGUAACACAAGCCCACGUGUACAAAAUUCUAGAUGUCUACAACAAGCUCCAGGUAAAUGCAUUGAUUAAUAUUGUGUUCAUUAUAUCCCAUUCAUUGAAAUGGAAAAUGCUGUGUAUGUAAAUCAGUGAGCAUUCUGUAUGCACUCAUUGCAACCUCUCUGACAGUACCAAAGCAGUAAUAUAGGGGCAGCCAGCUGAGAGAGAGUUUGAAGAAAACGUAUCUUUAUUUUUACAACUAAAUUAUUCUAGACUAUCCGGGUGCAUGAAUGAAAGCACACGGGCGUCAUUUCAUUCCAAAGUCACAUCAAAGGGGCACUCAAAGCAUCAAAACGAUUGCACCAUAGCCGUCCACAUUAUAAAGUGUCAAUCAGUCCUCCAGUGAAUGGCAAUGAUAAGAUGAGUCUAUUGUUUCUGUCCAAUUUUGAAUAGAUUUGCACUUGAUAUUGCAGAUGUUUAAAUUUCUCAUUAUCUCUGCCUUGCUGCACUGGGGUCAGGAUAGGGUUGCUGGGGAAUGUUAGAUUUUUUUUUAUCAAACCAUUCCAAUAAGUUUUUUUAAAGAGAACUGGGAAAUGACGCCCAUAUACUGAGCGGACCAUAACCAGAGUGGCUCUUAAAUAUAGACUUAGCCCAGAUCUUACUGCUAUCACAGUCUCCACUGUUAUGUGAAAAGCGACAACGAUCCAGUGGAAAUCACUGCGCCCCAUUCACAGGUAAUUCUGCUGAAACUGUUUGUGUAUGUGAACUGCAUGGAUACGUGUUAGGUCAAGGUAGAUCCUUAGAUGUUUUAAAACUACAGCUUCCAUGAUGCUUUCUCAAUCUAAAAGUAUUCUAACUGCAUGCAAAGCACCAUGGGAGCUAUUGUUCUACAACAUCUGGAGAUCUUCCUUUUUGGGCACCCCUGUGUUAGAUCACAUGUAGCUAUCAGCAAUGAACAUGGCUCAGGCAGCAGAAUGUAAUUAUUAAGACAACUGAUCACAUUCUAUUGUCUAUGUGGAGUAUACAAUAGUGUCAUCUUUACCUUUUGUCUAGCCUUUAUCACUCCUUUAAAGGAGCACUAUAGGGUCAGGAACACAAACAUGUAUUCCUGACCCUAUAGGGUUAAAACCACCAUCUAGCCCGGCUGGUCCCCUCAUGCCUCCCUAAAUAUAGCAAAAUCUUACUUGUAUUCAAGUCUGGAGCUGCUAGCUCUGGCUCUGUUUCCUUUAGACCUGACCACUGCCUGCUGACAUCAUCAGAAGUGGUAGCCUGAUCCAAUCACAAUGCAUCCCCACAGGAUUGGCUGAGACUGACAAGGAGGCAGAUCAGGGGCAGAGCCAGCAUGAUUCUGGCCAAUCAGUAUCUCCUCAUAGAGAUGAAUAGAAUCAAUGAAUCUCUAUGAGGAAAGGUCAGUGUCUGCAUGCAGAAGGAGGAGACACUGAAUGUUUGGAUGCAUUUUAGGCAGCCAUGACCCAGGAAGGAUCUCUAACAGCUAUCUGAUGAGUGGCCAGUGAAGUUAUCAGUAGGCUGUAAUUUAAACAGUGCAUUUUCUCUGAAAAGACAGUGUUUACAGCAAAAAGCCUGAAGGUAAUGAUUCUACUCACCAGAACAAAUUCAAUAAGCUGCAGUUGUUCUGGUGACUAUAGUGUCCCUUUAGCUUUGCAAGCUUGUGGUUAAAGCUCUCAUAACCUAUUAUAUCAGUUUCAGUGUUUAUACUCCAUGUAUCCAGCACUAAAAAUUAGCUGCAAUUCUAUAAAUAAAUUACAUUAGUGAAUAAAGCCGAAAUUACCAUUCUAGCGAAUUUCCAUUACAGAUUAAUAAUUGCCCUGGGGAUGUCCAGAAAAUUGUAAGCAGUUUGUGCUUUACGUCGUUAUCAGGACAACAAGCUGCAGAAGAGGCAGCAAACACCAUCGAAGAUUCACAGGUUGAAAAUCGAAUAGCGUUUUUAAGGAAAUACUACAAAGAAGAGCAACUACUACAUAUUCAAUAUCCGCUGAGUGAAAUGCAAACUCAGCUUAAAGAGGAGCAUUGUUUAUUAACAGAACAAAUGGUAACGCUACAAAAAUUAAGAAGAAAUCUAUCAUUGAUUGUUUUCUUACUACUUAUUAAUUUAUAGCUGCAUUGAUUGAUGUCUUGCAUAUUGAGUAAUUAAAAGUACACGGCCCUAAAUGAGUCAUCGAACCAAUUUAUUUUGUCCUUUUUAUCAGCAAACCUUAUCCAGUCUAUAUUUUCUCCAUUGUGUCUUCCUUUUCUCCAUCCAUUCCCUAUCUCCCAUUCUAUCAGUUUGUGUUCUAAUGUCUUUAUUCCAGUUGCAGGAAAGGGAUAAAUUAUUAUUUGAAGAACUGGCAAACUCGGAAAAUCGAAGUUACACGGAGCACGUAGUGUGCUGUGUGCUGUCUCAAAGGAACUUGCGUCAGAUAAUUCUUCUGCAAGAGGGAGUGAAGGCAUCCAAAAAUGAUCAGGAAAAGCUGGCAAGAAAACUGACCACUUCUGAAGAUGAUACCCUGACUGUAAUUAUUAUUAUUAAUUAUUUUUCAUUUUUAUAGCAGAGGUAUGGGCUGCUUUACCAAAAAAAAAAUAUUUCAGCAAAGUACAUUCCAGUUGCUAUUUUGUUUUACAUGCAUGAAAAAUAUAUAUUGAACAAAUUCUUUUAUUUUAGUAAAUAUGCAAAACAUUUUUUUUUUUAAAUCAUACCAUCAUUACUACAAGCCUCCCUUGUAAUGAUGCCCACCCAACCUUCCAUACAAACAUUAUUUUAAAGCAGGGGUGCCCAAAAGGUAGAUCCACAGAUGUUUUAAAACUACAACUUCCAUGAUGCUUUGUUAUUCUAAAGGCAUUCAAAGCAUCAUGGGAGUUGUAGUUCUACAACAUCUAGGGUUCUACCUUUUGGGGUCCCUGCCUUAAAGGUGUAUGUGCUACAACCCUGGGUGCUGAUAAAUGAUCUAUUCAGACCCUUUUAUGGCCUAAUUAUUUUUAAGAAUAAAAAUAAAACUCACUUGGUUAUUUUCUUUAAUGACUCUUUAAAGGGUUACUGUAACCCUUUUUCAUUUUAUUAAUUUAUUAAGUAAAUGUUAUUUAUUAAGUAAAAUGUCCUAUUGGGCAUUACUAACAGGUCUCGGUCUCCCCGUUUAAAAAAUGCAAAAAAAGUUUUGAAACUUAGCUCUAAUCCAUCUGAGCUCCCUCCAACAUGUGACGUCAGCAGGGGUCUCACGCGAUCAAAUCAUACACUCCUCGUGGAGAACCCUGUGACUGGACUAUUUCUCUUGGGCAACUGAAAAGUAAAGUCAGUAAAAGUAUUUUUAAAUGGUUAGAUGACAAAUGGUACAUAUUAGUGGGAUUUUCAGAGGAGCAAAAACUGAUAGAACUGUAUUAGCAAAUGAAUACAUUCAGAGGAGCUAAAACAAAAUGAUACGACAUGCUGCUAUUACAACAUUUAUUUUUGAUGGUUCAAGUGUAGACCAUUGGGGAAGUUUUUUUGUUUUAUUAUUCAAUUGAAUGCGUCAGAUUAUUUGUUUGUCAUUUUUCUUAAGGGGCAUUGUCAAGAAGAUAUUUUCAGUCUAUUUAACAAUAAAACCGAGACAGGCUUGUUACUUGUGGAGUUACAACAUCUGGUAAAAAGGAUUCAAAUGAGAGAGCGUUAUAUUGAACAAAUAGCUGAUUGCCUUAAAGAAUAUUGCUCUGACAAGGUAACUAUUUACAUAAACAAUGUAAUUAUGUAUUUUAUACCUAUUGUAAUAUGACCAUAAGUUCAGUGACACUUUUUGGGGGGCUAUCUACUAUGUUGCUGUUUAGAAGAUAUACAAUGAAAAAUAGUAAAGCAUUUGAAUAUGCAUUUUUUUCAUUGGGGGUAUAUAUAAAAACAGCUUGCAACAGAACUCUUGUCUGAAGCCUUUUAAGCCCUCCCCUUCUAAACUGCCCAUACUUUCAGAGAUUAUCCAAUCACAGACUUCACCACUGAAGCUCAAUGGGAAGUCUUUGCAAGGCAGGUGCUCUGUGCAGUUUCUGCCACUUCUGUUUAACUCCACUGAGCUAACCAAACCAGGAAGUAACAUGAGCAGCUGUCUGAUUGACAGCCACGGGGGUGUCAAAAGGUUAAUUUAUAAAAGUGCCUGUUUCUAUUGUAAUUUGUACUUUUUGUAAAAUGAAAAAAGACACACCCUUUACAUAUAAAGCACUUAAGCAAACAAAGGUCAUUUAAUGGUCUUGAGUUUGCCUUUAAGUUGAGAAGACCCCCUGCUCAAAAGUAAAAUGUAGGGUUUCACGUUAACAGCCUGUGAUGACACCAGUUUCAUUUCAAAUUAAAUAAGAAAUCUGUUAAAACACUACUCUUUCCAUUUUCUCAGUAUGACUGUACUACUUGGCAAUCCUCAUUAUUUCAUUGUUCUAUUCUGCAUUUUCAUGGUGCCGUUUGCAGUCCUACAGAAAAGAGAAUUAUGUUAAUACAACCCACAGCCCUCUGAUACUUAAAUGAGCUUGUGGAUAAAGGAUGGUGCACAAGUAACUUUUUUGGUUUAUGUUGUGCUAACGUUUUAGGUCCACAUUCUUACUUUUGUUGAGGAAGCCUACUAUUUGGCCGAUGAAGUUAAAAGUUUCAGAGAACAAAAGUUGAAGAAGCUACAGGAAGAACUGAGGGAGAUAUCUUAUCAAUCAACAGCCAACGAGAAGGUAAAAUAUAAAAAAAAAAAAUUCAUUCCCAUGGCUUGUUUGAUGUAUAUUUUUGUUACUAAAAUUGAAGAGCCAGAAUUAUCCAUGUAAAUGUAAUACAAACAGGUCAUUUCAUCAGUGUGUGGUUCGGGCUUUUGGCAGAUAGACCUUUGACCGUGCAUGAAGAGAUUUGCUAAUCCACGUUAAAUCAUUUGCAAAUACAAAACAUUUAGGCCUUGUGGAAGUAAAGGUUGGAAAGGCAACGGUAUUUCAAGGACAAUGUAAUGCUUCUUUAAUUCUCGAGAAUUUUAGUAUUAUGUUUACUUAUCCUCUUGACUUAACAAAUGUCCAAUUGUAAGGUCUGAAAACCAGAAUGUUCCACCCUGUCCUAGACCUGUGUGCUCCAUCGUGGCUCCCUCUCAUUCGUUGUUGUUGACACUGAUUUGUGGUGUCAACUGCUGAAUAUUUCACACACAUUUAAAGAGAAACAGAACAUCACAUGACAUCACAUGUAAUUUCCAGAAAAGUUUUUGUGAUUGUAAUGGGAAAUAGACUCUUAUCCAGGCAUAUCCAGCAGUUAUUACUCAAUCUGUUGUUCAACUACCACCCCUAUGUUCCUUGUCAAGAACAGACAAAGAAGUGUAAUGUGUAGUUCGGAUAAAGUUCUCCCUCUUCGAUGUCUCUGGUCAGGUUUUUGUUAUGUGUGAGUUAUUGGUCUGAGAGUUUAAAUACACAAUAGAUCUUUAAGACUUAUUUAUACCCAUCUGCACAAAUUCUCAGAAUGCUAGCCUUUAUAAUUUAUUGUUUCUGCUUAAAAUAGUUCAUUUCCAGCUAGUAUUUUGAUUUAUUCUUCUCGGCAAUAUUUUAUCAGCUUUUGCUUCAGGCAACAGCCCCAAUAAAUAAAGUGUGACGUUCUGCCAUUACAGUGAUUUCUAAGGAUUAUUUGCAGUAUGUAGUUUGGCUGCAGAUAUUACUCACUGUGCAUUGACUUAGUGUUCCUCAAUGUUUUUAUACUGUCAGUCAUCUCAUUAUUUCAUCUCCAGCCUCUUUGACACAAAAUGUAAAUUUUCUAUUGAUGGCAAACCACAAGACACAAGAUUUUGCCUUAUGCCAAGAUGUAUGGCUUUUUCCAAAAUCGUAAAGACACUUGGCAUCAUAGCUCCCCUAUAUUUUUACCCUUGCACAACAACGUCAUGACGGUUCUAAAGGCAUGCAUAAAUAUGAACACAUCCACUUGGUUUUCUCACCAAAAUAGAAACCUAAUGCAAGACUAGGAUUAGCUGCGAGAUGUAAAUUUGCUCCUAGUUAAAGAGGAUGUCUUUAAGGGAGGAUUAAUCCCUUCCUUCCCAAGACAAUGUAUAUAUAUAUAUACAUAUACAUAUAUACCCAUUGUACAGCGUUACGGAAUUUGUUGGCGCUAUAUAAAUAAUAAAAUAAAAAUAAUAAUAUCACUAACUUUUUUUUGUAUUGCAACAUAUAACAGGUUACUUUGUAGGCCAAACUUCAUGACUCAAUUCUAGCAGACAGGCAGAGAUGAGGAGAAAGGGUGUUAUGAACAUGUUGAGUGCAGCUAAAUAAAUUAUUUGGAGUUUGUUAUAAGUCCCUUUAAAUUCCUGUAUAGUAAAGAUGCUUGACAUAACUGUACUUAUUGUAUUUAUUCAUUGUUGUUUACAUAUUCGUGUCAUUUUGGUUUCAGUCCCAGAAAUGUCACUUGGGUUUUUAAACUGCCCAAACAAUGGGUAUGUGACAAUUUUCAUAAGAUUAAUUUACAUUUCUGCAUCUGUGUCUGACAUUUGACAAGAUUAGACGUACCAUAUAAUCUCUAAUUUAUCCCUUAAUAUUUGUAUAAAGAAUUAAUAAAUACGCAGGAAAAUAACACAGUGCAGUUUGUACACUUUGCAUUAUUUUUUAAGGUAUCCCUAAGCAGCAAUCUACAAACAAAUUUGUUACAAACAGCUGUUUUCCCUGCAAUAAGAGAAAUGAAUACUGAUGGUGUAAAAUUGGGGAAUUUGCUGUAAAAAAAGAGGUGCAUUAUUAAAUAUUAUUACAUAGCAGCGUAAUCUUAUGCAUAAUGGUUGUCCAGUACAGAAGUGAGAGACAGUCGAAAAGUAAAAUUAUUAUUUAGAGCAUGAUUUAUUACCAUUUUAAUUUUUUAUCCAGAGGGUUGUGGAGAGAUGAUAAUGCUUUAGAAAAACUGAAGCCAAAUAAAUUAAUUUAGCAAUUUUCCAAACAAGCUACUUUGCAUGAAAUGUUACAAUUUAUGAAUGCAUUUAUAAAUGAAGUUCCUUUCAUCGUUUUGAUAAUUGUUGAAAAUGUUUAAGACUUCAGGCAGAGGAGAAGAGAAAAUCCAACCAGAGAAGAUAUUGCUAAACAGCUUGCAAGAGAAACAAACAGCGUUGGAGAACUUACACAGGAAACAGAUAUGGGAAGAACAGCUAAAACUCCAGGACCAGUUAGAACGCGGAGAACUGAAUGUUUUAUUAAAGCAGGUAAAUGUGUAUUGAAAAAGGUCACCAGUGUAAUAUAAACCUAAAAUGCAGAUUCAGACAGUUUUUGGUCAAUUAAUCACUUAAUUUUUUAAUAUUUUUAUAUGAGUUUUUGUUUAUUUAAGUAGGCUUUUGUCUGAGCUGCCCACUUUACCAAAUGAGCAGAGAAAAUCUUUUGGUUAAUACCGAGUCACAGUGAUUAAUGGUAUUUUGUUGACAAGACAAUUGUGGUCAUUACACCUCCCAUCAGACCCAGAGCAUAGACCAAGGUUACGCAACCUUCAGCACUCCAGAUGCUGUGGACUACAUCCCCCAUAAUGCUUACAGCCAUAAUCCUGGCAAAGCAUCAGGGCAAAUUUACACAACAUCUGGCAUGCCAAGGGUUGCCCAACAGUUCACUUAAAGGGUUUCUAUAGUGUUAGAAAUACAAAGCUGUAUUCCUAACGCUGUAGUGCCCUUUGGUCCUCCUCCUCUUUUGCGGACAUCCUUAGCAGUAUGUAAAGGGUUAAAAGAAAACUUUAUUUAAUCUUUAAUCAACUGAUCCAAAGCACCAAUGUCCCUGGGCCUCCUCCAACGUUAUCUGAUGGAUGGGGGGCCUAAAGCGCGUGGACGAUGAGCAACACAAGCACAAAAGAAAGCAUUGACUCAAUUCUUUACUGAGGGGCUUUCACUGACAAUGGAUGUCCUCAAGCAGAGCAUAAGGACUUCAAGCAUCAGCUAGAUUGUAAAUUCUUGGAAUUUCUCUGGAACUGCAAUGUUUCACAUUGCAGGACUUAGGGGGACAGGGACACUGCACCCAGACUACUUCAAUGAGAUGAAGUGGUCAGGGUGCCUAUAGUGUCCCAUUAAAUAUGUCAUAGAAGGAAACUAUUUAGAAGAUAUAUAAUAGAAACAAGCACUCAGCCCAUGAUAUCUAUCUCAAAACCACAGUGUUGGGUGCUUUGGUAAUGUGUGAGAGCAAAAUAAAUCGAAUUUGAAAUUUACAAUGAGUGCUAGGCCAUUUGUUUUUAUGGCACCAAACAAGGUCCUUAUGUUCAUACAUGUUAUUGUAAGAGGCUGCAAAGUAGAGGUUUCUGGGGAUUGUAGUUCAACAUUCAGAACCCAUAAACCAGAAAGCCUUGUGAUAAACUGCAAUAUAAAGCCAUCAGAGCUUCGUAACUGGCAGUAAAAACUCACUGCACAGCUCUGUGAGUAGCUUUUAUAUGUUGUAUAUUUUUUGUUUGUUUUUACAUAUGUUUUGUAAUAACCUUUUAAAUUGAAGAAGUGAAGUGUUGUUUUCUACAGAAUGUGUUGUUAAAACUGUAGCUUUUCACCAGUAGUAUCCAUGUUUAAUAAAUUAUUAUUCCUAUGUGUUUCCCAGAGCUGGGUGAAAAAGGCUUUUGCUUUUAAAUUGAACUGAACCCCCCCCAACAGGUUUUAAACUUGGAUCCAUAAAAGAUUACAUUCAUACAUGAACAUAACUGCCACAAAAUUACUAAUUAUUUCUAAUUCUCACAAUUAACGUAUAAAACACAUCACUCUUUUGCUAAGUUUUUAUCUUAUGAGGUUUCUUGUGAUUUUUUAAUUUAAAAUUGAGAAUUUUAGAGCAAACAUGCAGUAUGUUGACUUGAUUUCGUAGAAAGACAGACCUCUGAUCUCCUUCAUCUAUCUGCCAUCCAUAGAAACUCAUCAAGGAGCACGAUGAAACUGUAACUUUCUUAGAAAAGACCUUUGAAAGGGACCUUGAGAUAUUAAAAAUGAAACUGGAGGUGGAAGUGAAGAAGAGUGAAGAGGGAAUCCAUAAUGUAAAUACCAACACGUCGUCCGGAAAAAAAGGCACACAGAAUGAUGAUCAAAGUAUCCUAACGUUGCUAGCAGAGAGUGGGUAUUAAUAAUGUAUGGCGUUGGUACCUAAAUGAUAGCAGGCGCCGUUAUAUACUAUUAUUAUGUGCUUAAAAUAUAUAUUUUCCAUCUAGAAGAUAUUGACUAAUUCAUUUAAUCUGAAUUAUACUUUGUAACGUUACAUUGUGCAUUUCUACUCUACAUAUCACGUCUCCAUGAUUGUGUUAAUUUGUUGUUAGUUAAUACAUGCUAUGACCCUCAAGCACAAUUAUCACAUUUAAUACCAUCUGCGUGCAUUAAAGUGUUGGUGUUUUUAUUGAGUUGCAUUUUACAAUCAGCAUUUUGACAUAUGCACCCAUGUCCAAUGAUACAUUGAACAGGUCGGUGUAAAGAUUGACUUUAUUUUUUUUUGCCAUAUCAUCAUAUGUCCAAUAUGCAUCAUGGCAUCGAAAUAUUAGAAGUUUGCAAAGUAAUUAAUAAAGUAUUGCUAUUAUGCAAUUUAAUUAAUUACACACCAUAGAAAAACACUAGGUGGCAGUAAGUGUUCUUAGAAUGCAAAAACAGAUCGUUGUUUUAUGUACUGAUUUUUAUACACCUUUGCUCCUCUGAUAUUCUGCAUGCUCCUAUCUGUUUUAUGCACAUUGCUAAUGGUUUGUUUUAUGUACAAUUCCAUUUGACAAGGUGCAUUCAACAAAUGAUCCAAAAAAUAUAUUUUCAGUCUUUUCAAAAUAUUUUUUUAACAGGAAUUGCUAAUGGAAUUUUAAAGUUGGAUUUUAUUAGACAAUGGUGAUCAUUAAUUGGACUAACUUUACAACUGUUCACUGAUAGAGAACCAGAAAUGAAUAAAUGAAAGCCUAAUAUAACAGACAGAACUGUAAUAAUGUAGCUGCACAUUCAGGCACAUUUUUGGGACGCCUGGUCCUGCACAUAUCCUUAGACAGGGAUUGUUCCGUCUAAGCGCUGAAACAGCUCACUUAAAUGUGAGUGUAAUCACGCACUUACUGUACAUAUUGUAUUGCGCUAUUAUUGUUCCUUCUGUUUUAUUUGAGGUCCAAUACGUGUAUAAACCCAAAAGACCUGUGUAAGUCUUGUACAUAAUCCUUGGGCACGGUUACUUUCUUUUUUCUUCAUACAUGUUAGUAGGACAAAACUAAAUUGGGGAACUGAUAUUUCUUAAGAACCUUCAGACAUCAAGUUAUUACAAAAUGACUGUUUACUAAAUAUACAUUUUAUUAUUAUUCCAAAGACUUACUAAGUAAAGGGCUGGAUAAAAAUAACGUAAACUGGUUAGAUAGCUUCACUGGUUAAGGCACUGACCUGUUCAAGCCUCGGGGCUGUAGGUUUGCUUUUCGACAUGGUUUUCUUUGGAUUCCAUUGUUCCAGAGUUAAAAAUAUUAAUUCAAUUACGUUUGGUAGCAACUGCAACUAUUUAACACCUGUUUAUUCAGUUAAUUCAUAGACUGUAAACUCAUUAUUUUGAAUCUCCUUUGGGAAACUUAUACUGUAAAAGUAAACGAGAUGUUAUAACUGUAAAUUAGAUAAAAAGUUCCAAAAUCAUACUGAAACAAGAUAGUUUUAAUAGCGUUUGGGCCGUCCCCAUCUCAUUUGUGGAGAUCAAAUUUGGUUGAUUUAUAAAUAGCAGAAGUAUCUUAGAAAAUCUUAGAAGCAAAAUAUUUGACUUUAAUGUAAUCUCCAUUCACCUACAUAAAGAUAUAUGGAAAGAAUAUUAGAUCGUUUAACAAAUUGUAACUUGCUCUUCCUGUCUAUCCAGAUAUCAACAUAUUUCAACAAGCAGAACAAAUCAUGGCUUCAAGAAUAUCUCUUCUUGUUCCUCAGAUUUAUUCUUCCAAUCUACGGCCAGGUAUCUUGAGAAACGCACAAUGAUCAUUAUUUAUUGCAUUGUCUUUUUUUAGGAGUCAAUCCUUUUUACACAUUGCAUGAUGUCAAGGUAUCUAAAAAGAUGUGGAUGUUUAACUUCUUGUGUUUACCAUGUGCUUCUACAUUUGUGCCUUGUUUACCAUUGUACAGCUCUUCAAACCUUAAUGAUAUCUUUAAAAAAUGGAUAGCAAUCUGUAUUUACAGGCUGUAGUGGUUAUAGUGUCGAGAGUUCCCUGUCACGGCCUGACAAUAAACUAUUCAACCAUUUCAGAAAGGUUUAACUUACCUGGUUCUAUUUGGCCCCCGAGCUGAUUUUAGAUCUGAGAUAGUAUCGUAAAGUAGGAGUUUGUAUCAUAUCAAUUAAUUCCAAGAUGAGCCAUCAACUAAACUAAAGAAAAAAGAGGAUUCUAAACUUAUGCCAUUUACUUUCCAUUCCUUGUGUCCAUCAAAUUACAAAAAUACUCAAGACCCCUUCUGGAAGAUUGAUUAUGGCUUCAAAACAUAUUCCUUACAUACAGAAAAUCAGAGUGGCCUUUCCCCCUAAAACAUUUUGUACAUGUCAUGAAAUCGUUAGUUAACAGCGUAACGGUAGCAGACUAUCUAUUAGUGAAAUUGAAGCUAAGAUGUUAUAACAUAUAGAAUAGAGAUAAUGAUCAACAUAAAAUGUUGAUAUGGAACUGGGAAAAAAAAUUUGUAGUCUAAAAGUGUAAAAUGUCCAAAAUUCAAACAAAAACCGCCAUCAAUCCACCAGUUCGCAAGGUUCAGUGACCUACAACGACAAAGCAUUUUCACUUUCAAUUUUAUUGAGAUAGAGCAAUACAAUGUUUCACAUAUUUCAAAUUUUCCAUUAAAAUCCUUUCUAUAUACAUCCAUACAUCAUCAGGAUUUGACUUAAACAUCCAUCCAUCUUUUAAUAAUAGUCAUGUGUUUUCAUCGAAAAAAAGAACAAAUUCUCGAUUGUAAUUGCUUACCCUUUUUGAGAUUGUCAAACAGUCAUUUUAAAUAUCCGUGACCUCAGGAUUAGAUUGUAUUUAAUGCAUAAUACUUCCUAUUCAUCCAAACUCUGCUGUCUUUAAUUUUCUUUUAAUCAAACAGAUGGGGAUGCAGCAAAUAUACAUAAAAUAUCAGAAUCUUCUCCUGUUCUGGCACUACUCAAGGAAGUGGAUACUCAACUGAGAGUCAAUGCCCAGUCUGCUCUUAUCAUCCAGGACAGCAAUGAGUUACAUAAAGGUUCUUCACAUUGUCUAUUUUCUUUUAUAACCAUGCAUAACUGCCUACAAUUCCUACAAACAAAUAAAAAUGUUAUUUAGCUGUUCAAAUGCCCACUUGGCCAAUAUACUUCCCCUGGUUCUCUACCCAGAUCUGCUUGAUUACAUCUAUUCGGCUGCCUUACAAUUCUACAUAGGCUUGGUAUUUUAAAUGAAUUAUAAACAUUUUAGUGAAAGAUGCACUCAUGUAUCAGUGUAAUUGACCCCUAGGCACUAGCCUGGUGGAUUUACUAAGAUAUGGAAUGUUUAAGAGUAAACAAACUAGUGAAUAGAGUUCUGUUUCAAUAUAUGUUAUCUAUUCAUAAAAACAAGCACAGUUGUUUUAAUUAAUAUGAUCAAUAUGUUAGAAUUCUAUUAAACUAAUAUCAUUGAUUUAAUUAUCUCAGGAAUGAAAAGAGGUGAAAUUUAAAGCAAUCACACAAGUAACCACUUAGAAUAUUCUUAGUCAAUAUAGAAGACUAAUACAAUAUAACAGAAGGCGAUAUAUAGGAGACGAAUUGAAGAAGUGCUGGUUCUCCGAAUGCUAAUAAGUGUGUGUGUGUGUGUGUGUGUAUCCAACACGUCCAGACUGUAGUACUGCAAAAAUGUGGAUAUGAGUAUAAUCACUAUAUAGAAACAUAGAAACAUAGAAACAUAGAAACAUAUAAUGUGACGGCAGAUAAGAACCAUUCGGCCCAUCUAGUCUGCCCAAUUUUCUAAAUACUUUCAUUAUUCCCUAGUCUUAUCUUAUAGUUAGGAUAGCCUUAUGCCUAUCCCAGGCAUGCUUAAACUCCUUUACUGUGUUAUAAGCUAAAUUGGAAAGACCGAACCUAAGUGGAAUAUGCAGAUUUUUAUGAUAACCGUAUAGAGAAAAUACACAAUAAAACCUGAUAAUCAGUAGGCCUGUUUUACAAUGUAAUACAUACAUUAAUUAGGAUUCUAUAAUUACUUUUGUAAUUUCAAACCUGCAUUUUUUAUAAAAUGACUGAUGUAAUUAUUCUUCACAGUGCAGUUUGUGUAUAAUAUUCACUUUAUAUUAGUGACUGAUUAAUGUGCUUUAAUGUUGGCACUCCCCGUUGUAGUAAUUAUAUGGAUUGCAGGGGCUAGCAUUUCAGUGCUGAUCGCUGGACGGAUUUUGUAAACUCACUACUCAGCAAGUCUGACAGUAUUUACACAGUAUUUUAUUGCGUGCUUCUAUUGAUAUAUAUAAAUAUUAGCCAUGCUGUGCUACAAUAGAAACUUGCUGUUAGACAGUGGGUUAAGUGCAUUUCUUCAGCAGUAAUGUAAGAACCUGAGACAGGUGCACUCAUUUAGCUAAUGGGAGUUCAAAACCCAUUACGCGUUUUUAUGCAAAUUUACACUGUUAUACAGGCUGUACACUUACUACUUUACAUUGUAGCAGAGUGUCAUUUCUCCAGUGUUGUCACAUGAAAAGAUAUAAUAAAAUAUUUACAAAAAUGUGAGGGAUGUACUCACUUUUGUGAGAUACUAUAUAUUUAUAUAUACAUAUAUAUAGUGUUCAAGUAGAGAUUGUAGCCGUAUUAGUCCAGUGAUGUAGAUGUAAAGAACAGAUAACAUUUGUAUCUUGUAAUACCUUUGUUAUUGGACUAACAUAAUUUUUUAACGACAUUUUAAUGAUCUUUUGGGAGAACUUCCCUUUCUCAAGUCUAAAGCAUUUCUGAAGAAGAUGACACAUAGAAUUCAAAAUUGAGUUGUGAUACAGGGGUUAAAGCGACAUGAGUGUAGAUAAGACACGGGUCUACUAGAAAAUAGGCACCAUUCUCAUAGAGGGUUGUAAAUAUCUUGUGUGAGGGUCACCGAGAGAGGGGGGAGAGAGAUAAAAAAAAAAAGCAAACAGUCUAAAGCAUUUCUGGGCAAGAUGACAUAGAAUUCAAAGUUGAGUUGUGAUACAGGGGUUAAAGUGACAUGAGUGCAGAUAAGACACAGGUUUAAUAGAAAAUAGACAUAAUUUUUACAGAGGGUCGUAAAUAUCUUGUGUGAAGAUCAGAGUGAGGUGGGAAAGAUAGAAAAAAAAAUGCAAGAAACUGGACCUCCUUAUAUAUAUAUAUACAUUAUUACUUUUUCUGUCUGUCUGUCUGUUGUGACCACAGCUCAGACAGCCUCACAGUAAAUCUCUGAGGAAUCAGUCUUUGAAGGUAGGAACUGGUAGUUUGUAUAGCAUGUGCAUGCACAACAUAUACAUAUUUUUCAGAGUUAUUUACUAAAUUGAGAAUUCAAAGUGAAAGGUCAGACUAGCUGAACUGAAUGUAAAACCGGCUUGGAGAAUUUUCAAGUUUGCCUAUCUCGUCCUUAAUUUCCACUUAGCAAAUAUAUCCAGAUGAUUUUGAUUUGUGAAUUUUGAUGUAAUUGUUGUCGUAUACAUUGCAAUAUAUUUAAAGAGGAUCUGUCAUAGCCUGUGUGUGAUCUAUUUUUUAAUACUUUCUUCUUGGUCACACCAGAUUCAAAAGGAAUAAACUCGGGUCAUGAUAAGAUCAUGGUAAGGUCCUUGUAAUGGACGCCUGGCAAUAUUGGUGCAAAGUGAUUGAUCUAUAUUUACUAAAUACAUGUUUUGAUAGGAAACACAAUACGUUACAUUUUAUUUGAUUGCUCUAUAUGUAGAUUAUUUUUGUUAAAUUAUCUUUUGCUAAAAAAAUUUAUUAUUGUUUUAUCAUAACUAAUAUAUUGUAUUUAUGAAAGGAUGGCAAUUCUAAAUGGUAAGAAAAAAGUAAUGCACAAAUUAUCCAUUAUAUACGUUUUGUUUUUUUCAAAUCUAGGUAAUGCAUUCAGAGAUACACAGGAUUUGCAGUUAACGUCCAAAGGAGAAUUAAUUGUUAUGAAUCCAGAAGAUCUCAAUCCAAGAGAGAUUGUGAUAUAUCAGUAUGGCUUAUACAUCCUGGAAUUACUGAAUAACCAUCUCAGUGCAAGUGUAUUGAUUUUCUAUUUUUUGAUUCAGUUACCUUAAUUGACAACUUAUCAAUAAUUGUUAAUUAACUGUAGAAUCAAUUAUUUUUUUUAAGAAUUCCCUAUAAGUGCCAGUAUAUUAAUUUAAUUUGUAACUCAUCCAACAUAAAAUGUUAACACAUUUUAUUAUCACAAAAUUUGUAAAUUAGGAUUGUAAAGUUUAUGUGAAAUUUGAAAGAACUAAGUAAUUUUUAUUUUAUACUUAUAUUUCGGCCAGAGGCAUAACUAGAAACCAUGGGGCCCCGGUGCAAAAAUUGCCCUCCCCCAUUCCCCCCAUCUCCCUUUAAUAGCAUACAUGGUUUUGGUCGAUUGGUAGUUCAGACUCAAUAACUGUUGUUUUUAAAUUUUUGCAAUCAUAACCUUGUGGGUCCCACAUAGACAAUAUUGAAGGCAUAAAUACCUCACAGGCCAUUUUAAAAGGACAGCAUACCUGUUAGCUUAGGCAUGACGUCUGACGUAAUAAACUAUAUAUAGCCCUGGGACUAUGCUUGCUUUGUAAAUUUGGAUGUAGUCCGGUAAAGUUUAUUAUUGUAGUCUGUCAUUGAAUUAUACCAAAAAUAUAGAUUUCUCAAUAUUUAGGUUGAUAUAUUCUAUCUUGUAUCUCAACAGGUUAGUGAAAUCUAUUUACAUGUUGCCUCCAGCUUACCUGAAAACACCUACAAAGGAAAUGCUUUUGCCAACUCAUUUUAUUAUCAGGUAAGCCAAUUAGAGGUUGGUUUGCCAUUGUCAUUAAGAUUUUCUUUAUUAAGAAAGAGGAACGGAACGGGAAUGGGAACCAUGUCGUUGGCGUCUCAUAACUACUUAUAUAAAGUUUUACUGACGCUUUGUAAAUAUUCUUUAUGUAUGUUACUGUUUGCACUGUUUCAUUUACAGACCUCGGAAAACAAACUAUAUGUUGCCCAUGAAUAUCUAAAGUCUAUCGGGAGUUUCAUUUUAUUGAUUGUUCAUUGCAUAUCCCACAUUGCUUGUGAUGACUUCGGCGAUGACUCCAACACCUCCUUUCUUAGGGUUUAUUACCAGGUAUAUCACAAAGGUUAUUUGGAUUAAGUGUUAUGACUUAAUAUUGGGAACUCUUAUCUACAUUAAAAGAAAUUAAAAGGUAAUAAGAGGAGCGCAAACAAAUUCUUGUGAACUUCUAAGUACAACCCAUAGAGUUGAAUGGUUCUCAAAGAAUACCAUGUCAAAGACAAAACACAGGUAUACAAUGAUUUUGCAGUAUAUCAGUAAUAUAGUGUGGAAUUCUACAAGUCAUCAGGUGGGCGGUACCUGCAAUUCCGCAAUCUUCAAGCCAACAGCGUUUGGCAAGCUGCUGCAGGAGAUCGGGGAACCGAGGGAGGUGACUGAAGAUUAUGACAUCUAACCACAGCUGAUCCCGACAGACCCUGUAUUAACAAGCACUUGUGAGUAGCGGAGCCUCAUUGCUCGCAUAAAACUCACCAACUGUGAUCUUGUAAGCAGCUAGAUUAUUGUUUAAUGUUGCUAUUUGUAAUACAUUUCUUCUUUCUAUAUAUCAACUAUGUACUGCACAGUUUUCAAUAGUGUAGAAUUCCACACUAUAUUACUGAUAUACUGCACGAUCAUUGUAUACCUGUGCUUUGUCUUUUAAAUGGUAUUCAUCGAGAACCAUUCAAAAUACUCUAAGUAUAAUUUACUACUUUGUUAUCCACACUAUGGGUUGUGUUUAGAAGCUCACUAGAAUUUGUUUGCACUCCACUUAUUAUCUUUUUAAUUUCUUUUAUUGUACUCUGAGUGUGCUGGAUUGUGUAUCUGGAGUCACAGCACUUAAGUGUGUAGCAGCCAACUUCUAUAUCAGUGUAUAUCACAUUCAAUUAUAUUAUUUAUUCUAUGUUGCACUUUAAGGGAAAUUGUUUAUAAGUUUUUUUUACCCAUUUUUUACCUCAUUAAUACAUUACCUAGUGUAAAUAGAGAAUCCACUGGUAUCUGAAGUUACAAGUGAGUUUAUAUAUGUCCUCUUUUAUAACAGUGUAAACAAUAAGAAUUUAGAAAUGAUCGUAAUUUUUAAAAAAAAUUCUUUAGUGCAGAGUUAGCAUGGAAUGUCUUCUACAACUCCCUAAUAUAUGAGCUCCCAUGUGUCCCACAGCUUGGCGACCAAGUAUAUAUUGACUUCUGAUCCUCUCUGUAGGCAAUAAAGAUCUGCUUUAGUGAUGGCUUCUUCAGCAGAAUCCUGUCAUUGCCUUCUGAACAAGACAAUAUGACAGCUUCACAAGUUCAUGAAGGAAUGCACACAGAUCUCAUUUUUAAUCCAUGUUUCUCAAGAUUAAAAACUAAAGGAAAGCCUGGUUUUAAAAAGGUAUGUAAGAAUAUAAGGAAAGUAACCUUGUUAUCUUAAAGGGAUACUAUAGUCACCAAAACAACUUUAGCUUAAUGAAGCAGUUUUGGUGUAUAGAACAUGCCCCUGCAGCCUCACUGCUCAAUUCUCUGCCAUUUAGGAGUUAAAUCACUUUGUUUAUGAACCCUAGUCACACCUCCCUGCAUGUGACUUGCACAGCCGUCAUAAACACUUCCUGUAAAGAGUUAUCUAAUGUUUAUCCUUCCUUUAUUGCAAGUUCUCUUUAAUUUAGAUUUUCUUAUCCCCCUGCUAUGUUAAUAGCGUGCUAGAGCCUGCAAGAGCCUUCUGUAUGUGAUUAAAGUUCAGUUUACAGAGCAAGAGAUAAAAUAGUUUAAGGUAAAUUACAUCUGAUUGAAAGUGAAACCAGUUUGUUUUCAUGCAGGCUGUGUAGGUCACAGACAGGGGAGGUUUGGUUAAUGAUGCAUAAAAGGAAACAAAAGUGAUUUAACUCCUAAAUGGCAGUGAAUUGAGCAGUGAAAUCUAAGAGGCAUGAUCUAUACACUAAAACUGCUUCAUUAAGUUGUUUAGGUGACUAUAGUGUUGUUUUAAACUAAUCUUUUCUUUUCAUUGCUCACGUUCAAACUGACUAGAAAAACGAGUAAAUGUAAUUACAGCUUAUAAACAUCUAUCUGCAGUAUAUGCAUAUCCUCUGUCCACCAAACAUAACAGUUCCCAGGCUACAAAACUUGAAGGGACACUCAAGACCACUUCAAUUUGAAGUUUACUCAGAAUUCCCAACAAUUCUAAAGCCCGUAUACUGACAUCAUACAGUAAAAGAUAUUUUAGGAUUUUCAGACGGGUUCACAAUCAGUUAGAUUUUUACCAGAUUUUACUAAUUACAUGACGUAAAGUCAUGAUUUUAUUAAGGACACAGAGGCGAGUAUUAUGCUUUAUCUCGUUCUUUAUUCCUAUAAUAAAUAAAUACAUAAAUAAAUAAAGAGAUAAAAAUGAAUACUUGCCUCCGUGUACUUUAAUAAAAUUGUGUGAUCAUCCAUUUGUAAAUCUAUUUUCUUUCCAAACAGGCUUUUGAUAAGAGUGAUGAACUGUUGAAUACAUGCAAAAUUGAAAUAUUACUCAGAAAUAUGCUUGGCGAGAGAAAGAGGCGCUUCUUCAAUAAGAACUUUAAAGAUAUUCCCAGGUAUUUUUUUUUUUAAAUAAGGAAAAUGUAAUCAUUCAAGUUUAAUAAGCUAAUUUUUAACGUUAUUCCAUUAUCAACAAAAGGUGCAGCCACAAUUAUCUCUAUAUGUGUUCACCAUGCUUGUAUAUGUAUAUAUUUGAAACAAGAUAUUUUGAAAUCAUUGCCAUCGUUACUAUCAAUAUAAUUAUUUUUGCUACUCUUGUUGAAUGGAUCGAUGGAUGGAUAAAUGCACUAUUCUGCCAAUUUUACAUUUUGUUGUGCUCCAAUUAGUGUUCCUGAAAAUGAAGAAAGCUUCACUGAGAAUUUUACUAAACAACACAUUGAGGAGGAGUUGGACCGGCUUAAUUUCGAACUAAUGAAAAUAAUGGAAAAAGAAGUUGAUUUACACAGAGAGCAUAAAGAAGAAGACGACAUGCUUUGCUAUUUUCAAAUGAUUUCACUUGAAAAAGAAUGCACAAGGAAAAAAAUAGAGCGUUUAGAAAGUGAAAUUGAUAAACAGACAAACCUUGUAUAA